GCUUUCCCCCGGCAGCACUCAGCAUCUCACCAGCAGCGGACUCAAGGACUUUUGAGACCGCCUCGACGCGCAACAGAAGGCUCUCCUCACAGUACGGUAUACAAACAGCGCGCAGGACAACUUUCACCCGCGUUAUUACGCAUGACUCGAGCUUUGCGCAUAAGCGCGACAGAAACACCGUGUGAGGAGAAACUGAUGGGAUUCUGAGGGAAUAAAGAAGGAAAACGAGAAGAUUCAAGAGACAAUUUGACGACAGAUUUUUUUUGGUUAUCAUGAUCCCCGUAUGCUUGAUGGGAUAUCCUCUUCUUGCCCUGUGAUUAUUCAGCUCUACGCGUAUAGGUCAAACGACUUGUCUGAAAUAUUCAUUUCACAUCAAAAUGGAUCUGUGGGGAGUUUAUCUGUUUCAUCUGAUAACUUCAGGUAAGUGAAUAUCUUCUUUCCCAUAUCAAUCCCAUCAGAGGGAGAUAAACUUUAUCGCCUGGUUCAUCAAGACUUUGGUUUAAAUGCAGCGAAUCUAACUGGAGUUUCACGACUCGUCUUACUUAUGCGUUUUGGACACAGGUGCAGUCUACAUAUUUAUCCAUGAUCGCGAACAAACUUAGGUUUUCGGACAGCCAAGCAGCUCUGUAAGAAUGCGGGAGCGUGGAUUAACCGAGAUCAGCUGCGUAGUCCAGCUCUGUGCGUUUGGGAAUGCAAACGCAGCCGGACGCAAACACGCACGUGCUCAAAUGUGUGCGUUUGAGCGCGUGUGCGCUGGAAAAAAAAAACAGCAUAUGAGCGCUCAGUUUUGGUGAAUUAUAGUUUGAGCUUGAAUUUAACACUCUUCAGAAGCCUCUUUUUCAUCUCACAUCUAUGUACAUUGAUUUUUGGCACACUAAUAUAUGACUCUUUACCUUUGCACAAAGUACAGUCUUUCCUACUCAGCUACGACAUGGACCCUCUGCUCCAUGCAAUACACUUGUUUUAUUGUUUAAUCUACCAAACCAUCCAAACUGAGCAUCCUCAGCAGUAUAUCAGUCGGUGCAGUGUCACCGGCUACCUGCUCUCCAUGUAAUUGAACUAGAAGCAGAAAUAUUGAUUUUUGUAGCAACAAUCCUCUGUGCUUUGAGAGCUGAUCUGUGUGUGUUGUUGGCUCCCUCUGUCCCUCUGUCAUUGCGCACACACGUGUCACACACAAACCUGCUGCCACUAACUAUUGCUAAUAUGAUUACACACACUGAUGGCCAUGACACCCGUGAUAAUCAUUUUAAUUGGCACCAGCUUCUCUGCUUAACAAAGGCAGGGAUGUGCAUUAUAUCUUUCCUCUGCAUUCAUUAUUAAUAAGCUCUAUGGAGAUGUUCAUUAGAGGGAUGAAUGGAGAUGGCAGGGAGGAAUUCUGAAUGAAAAUGAGUCCAGUUUGCCUCUUGAAUCAGCUAUCACUAACAUUUGAUUUAGAAGUAGUUUUCAAUCAUUUUGUAUGCAGAAAAAAGGAUCCCUAGAUUAACUCCUAAAAAAACUCAAGUUCACCUUAAAAGGAGAGAUGCUGCUUUGUGCUUGUUUGCAAUCUGCCCAAAUCAAUCAAGCAACACCAAACAGCAAGAGGUCAGAAAUCCUGUGCUUUCAGAAUGGCUCAACCCUUUUUUUUUGGGACUUUCUGCAGCAAAACCCCUGAGCUCACACAUAAUCCAGCUCCUCAAACUACUCCAGAUACCUGCCAGGCAACACUGAGGGUUCUGAAAACACCACAAUCCUCCUCUAAGAGCAAACAUGAGAAGCAGUUUGUCUCAGUAGAGAAUAGUGGUCACAGUGGUUUGGCAUCACCAGAUUGCUUCUUGGCUUUUAUUUGCUGGCUUUGUUGUAUGAAACUGCGGUUCAACUAUGUAAUAAUUCUGUCUUUCCUUGUAUCUGUGCCCAAUUUUGAAACAUAAUCAUGUCUCAUUUGAUCUACUCCAUAAGUGCAUUUACUCUUACUCAAUACGAACGUCAGGAGAGUCGUAGUUAAGACUCUUAGAAGGUCGAGGAGCAUGAUCCAUUAAUUCUGUAGUUGCUGGACUCACAGAUAUGCUUCAUGGCUUUUCUAUUGUCACAAUUUUUCCUCUUUUUUUUUGGCCUUUAAACUGUAAACUUGCUGUUUUUUAUGAUACCCAAUUGCUGAUCUGACAAAACAAUUGUUUUCAGAAAUUUCUCGCCAAGACUUUGGCAAAUACAGAUGGAAAGUGUUCAUCGUCUCUGGGUCAAAACAAACUUUUACAGUGAACUGAACAGCUUCGGCCUAGAACAACCAUUAACAAAUGCAGUUCAGCAUCCCAAAUAUAAUUUUUUAAUCAGAGUACGAUACUAAAUUCUUUACCAAUAUACUGUUUAUUUAUAUUUGUUUAUAAUGAUAUCUACACGUAUUACUAACUCCUUUGCUUCUUGGUCUGAUUGAAACCUUGACGUGUUGAGUCCAGGUCCUGAAGAAAACACCGACCCUGCAAAAGGUCCGUUUGUGCAUCGACAAGAGUUCAAACUGAAUCGCUGUGGCCUCCUCUGUUAUGAAAAAUGAAAUGAACCCCAGAGAAGGAGUCGACUGUCCAAGCUUUGAUCUUAUCUGCAUGAUAAAUGUGCGCUGGGGCUCCCACUGACAGAUCCAUGCCGAGGCUCAAAUUUAUAAAGAAUUAAGCUCAAUUGUGCAGCAUAAGUGUUUUUUUUUUUGGAUUAGAUAAGCAUUUUCCGGCAGUAUUAAUUUGAAACGGUAAAAAGGGAGCACCACGGUCACAUAGCGACAGCUUCAUAUCAAGGCACAAAUCCCAAAUGUAGCGCAGGGUGAUUGCAUUUGAUAUUAGUGGAUCAAACUGAAGGCGCUGGUUGUGAUCUCCUGUGACUCCGGCUCCGUUGGUGGCUGAAUUGAGAAAAGUAAAAGCAGCUGACAAGGAUAUGCAAAUUAGUCAUACUGGCUCCAAUAAUUAGAAAAAUCCUCAUCAGGGCCUCUCACGACCAGUUUGUAGUUUGUUCUCAGAUUAUCAGUUUUUAAACUUAAAUCAGAGCUUCUCUCUACGUGCUCCAGUCUACAAGCGUCAUGCUACUCUUUCUGAUUUAAUGGUUUUGACAUUGUGGGAUAUGACCUGUGUCUUUAAUGGAGAUAGAUAAGUACUGUCGAGCAUGCUAUUAGCGAGCAUAUUGGCUGGCCUCUUGUAGGAGAUUUGUCAUGAAUCUCAUUUGAGGCAGGGAGCGGCCAUGAAGAACACGCGGGCCAUCACACGCUCAUGCUUUCACCAUGAGGGGCAGAUAGGCCAGUCAAUGCUGGUAAAUUGUGGACUUUAGUGGUGAGAGGAGAUAGUCAUACCCUCGUGGAUUGAUUUUCACCAAGCCGUUGAUAACCUGUUACCACUGACACCCCAUUUAAGACCCAUUUCUCAUUUGCUACUGCUCAGGGUUAAGCACUUAAAUUUCAUCCACGCCUAUAAAACCAGGUGAUAAUACAGCACUAGAGAUUCAAUAUUGAGCUUCAAGUGAUGUUAUUUCAUACAUUUUUUAACACAUUAUCAUCACUUCAUAAAAAUUAUAGAAACAAAUGACCUCCUACAGUCAUUUUUUGAAGAUUUAAUAACAAAAUUUACAUCCAAGGGGAUUAUGAGUUACGGUUUCAUUUCACUUUUCUAUUAUUGCUCCCUUGGUUUUCUAAAUGAGUUCUCAGAGUAGAAGUGUUAUUUAACAGUUUUUUUAUUUUAUAGCCGGCUGUACAAUGUGAUUCUGGUUUAAUGAAAACAGCAGCAUAGUUCAACACUUCAGUGCCAGCCCAUCUUUUAUUAAUGAUGAACCGGGUGACACAAAAUAGCAGCUAUGUGUGAUUAUCAUGGAGGCGAAGUGUAGUGUUUAAAUGAUGAAUAUUACUCUUUAAACUUAAAAAAAUACUUAAAAAAACUGAAUCCAUGCUACAUUUAUGUCUAACAAAACCUGGCUGGUGUUGAUAUGAGGGGGAGGAUUUAGUUUAGAUGUGUAGCAUGGCGAAUCCAGCACCAUGGAGAGACUCUGUUUCACUGUUUAAUGGUAGAAGAGAUGAGGAGGGAAGAAGCUCAAGUGUUAUUGAGCAAAUAUUUAGUGAGGGACUGUAAAUGACAAAUUCAUCACGUGGUUCUGACUUUGGACUGUUAAGUUGAAUGUCAAAGUUGAUUUCUAAAAUAGACAUGUCCAAUGUGCUUUCUCUUCAAAAACUUGCUGGCAGCCCGUUUUCUUGUGGUGCUGAAGGUGAAAUUCUCUCAGACUUCAGAAGUUUCAGGACACAAUGGGAUUGCAGAGCUUGCUGCCAUGUUGCAAUGCUUACUUCACCUGUUGCUUCCCAGUCACUGUUUUGCAUGUGCAUCACUCUUCAAAGAUGGUGAGGAUGCAAGAUGUCUUAUUCCUUGGUAGUUUACUUUGCAAUGAUUUGUUGACCUGACACCUUCUUUAUACUGUUACACAUGUAGUGCUCUCAGCAGAGAUAGUAUGGAUGCUAUCCAUUAGAAAUUCAACUCUGGAAAACAGUGUUGUCUUUGCACUUGAGUAAAACAAGCACAAUGGCGUCACAGACUAACUUUUGACAUUUAGUUUUCUACAACUACUUUUGCAACAUCAAUGAAUCUCUGCUCUGUAUUAACAGAGUACAUAUUUUUAAAGGUUAUAAUGUGUGUAUGUGAGAGAGAGUAAAUAUGGGGAUUAAAGAGUAGGUGAAGACGUGCAGCAAAGAUUUGCAGCCAGGAGUGGAAUUGGCAACUGAUGCAAUGAGAACUAUUAGCUUCUGUACACGCAACUCAGCCUAAAACGGCUAGGCCAACACCGCCCAACAAAGUGCAAUUAAAUAACAUCUAGCUCCACUGGUUUGCUGGGAAACUAACUAGUCACUGCCUUUUAAUGAACUCAAAUUGUACUUGGCAUUAAUGAGUAAGUACUUCUUGAUGUUAGACAUGAAUACCAACACAAAGAUUUCAGAUGGGAGUAUCCUUGUAGCUGAUUUGGCUAAACUGGGAUUUCCACCAAUUCCGGAACGGUGCCGUCCGCCAAUUCCUACUGGAUCUGUUUCUGAGGCGAAUUUCGUGGCAGAUUAUGGACAGCAGGAAUUGUGAGAGCUCACAAGAACCCGCGGAUUCACGUGCAAUCAUGCAAUAACAAGUUGUCUUUAGCCACAUAGGCUAACCAUAUAAGCAGUAGAUUGUGUUCUUCCAGAGAAGGAAAUCCAUCUUUAGGUUUCUAAAAUCAGCAUCUUCUCAUUCUUGGUGUCAUCGGGAUGCAAUGCUGUCUAUAAACCUUUCACUUGUUCGUUUCUGCCUGUUUGCAUGGUGUGAAAUACGAUCUGCCUGAAACACAGAGUGUUUUAUUUUGAAAAGAAGCCGGAUGUUUUAUUUUGUGUCUGUGCCCAACUUCCUCUCCAGCACAGGUUAAUCUGUGCUGAAUUUAUCUGGCAUGCUCCGGUGUCCGGAAAAAGUAGAACCCUUGCGAUCAGCUGCAGAGUUUGGCAAUCCACAGCGGAACAGAAAGAAGCCGAUGGAAAUUGACACAUUAACUUGAAUGGUUACGAUCAGCUACAAUCGGCGAAUACGGCCUUUUUUCUAGCCGUUCCGGAUGCGGUGGAAAAUGCCAGUUAAGUCCUCAUUGUGGGGAAAUCUUAACUCUCCCUACUGUUUACAAGAGGUUUGAAGUGUGAAUCCUAACCUUCAACUUGAUUUUUACAUUCUUGUGAAAACAGAUGAUGUACGUAAUGAAAAUAAAGGAAACAAUAAAUAAAAUCAAUACUUAAUGCAGUUGUCCCUGUGGUAAUCAAACUUAAAACAGCUUACUGUCAUUACUGAAGAGUCAGUGAUGCCCCUGUUGAGUCUUGUGGUCUACAAGAAACAAAACUCGAUGAAAAACAUGACUUUUCCAUCGAAAACAUAUUAAUAUAUUUGAGUAACAUUCCCUGGCUGGCAGAGCUGUGGGUUAAAAGCUUUAGAGACAGAAUGGCUGUUAGAUUUGUUCCUGUGGGCUGCGUCUGUUCUACAGCCAUUGUCAGAGCGUUUAAAAUGCCUUUGUGUUUAAUUAGAGAGGUUUUAAAAUGUGCUGUUGAGCUGGCAAAUUGCCAUUCAUCUGAUGUCAGUCAGUCUGAAGGCUCUGACCUUUAAUGGUGACAGUGUUUAACUUUGAGUACAAUAAUCUACCUUUAAUAUCAGAAUAUAAGAACUUGAAUAGUACUUAAAGUUUGCUGUAAAAGGGACUCAUAUUUUAUGGUCUCAUAGGCUGAGGAGAAGGGUGACAUUGUCGGACUGCUGGGGGGAGUGUUGCCAAAGACGUACCAUUGAUUAGACGUGAUGAAUGUGGGUGAAAAUAAACGAGUCUGAGUUUGAAGCCCUAAUCCAUUAUAAUAGUUGGAUGCCUUCAGUUACAUCACUGUUAACUAAUUACUGCAUGUGUUUACAUUUUGAGAUUUAUGGGAUUGAAAAUAUCUCGGAAUACACGAUUAUACAAAACAAGGAAAGGGACCAACACAACUCCUGUUUUGACACCUAUUGUACAUUUAUGAUAUAAGAAGCUUAGCAGCUUGGUUUGCCAAACAUGGCAAAGAAAACCUUAUUGCUUCAUUCUUACAAAGAAGAAUAUUUUCAUAAACUUAACUUUUAAAGUUUGAAGGCCUAACUAUAACCUUGUGAAUUCUGCUGCUUAAAGAAUGUUUCUCUCUUACUUUUACAAUCUACUUAUGCAUCUGUAUUGUUCCUGUACCCUUGAAAAUGUGUCCACAAUCUACUGAAAUUUUUAAAAUACUUUUAAAACUGCUGAAGUGUUAUUUUCUUUCCAAUCUAACACCUUCAAGUGAUGACAAGUAUUUAAAAGGUCUAGAAUUAAGGGAUGGAUCCACAGAUAAUAGUCAACCCAGCUUUACAUCCCUCCUUCCUGGUGUCUUUGUGCUUUUUGCUUUUUUUUUCCGCUCCCAACUUUACGAUUCUAGUUUAAUAAAAUUAUUUUAAAUCUUACCUGUACAAACCGCCCCAAGAAUAACAGCAGGAUGGCCAAGUUGGGUACCAGCCAGUCAUGUGAUUCACACAACAGGUGGCAAUGCUGUAACAUGAGAAUCCUUUCAUUAGAAUAUGAGCUUAAAUAUAUGUUUCCUCAAAACAGGCUGGAAAGUAAAAACUUCUACUUCAUAGUACAACUGACUCGCACUAUAUGUUUUUUGUUUUUUUUUCAUAAAUAAAUAAAUUAAAUACCCUCAUAGCAUCAUUGUAAGCAAUAUAAAGCCUUUGUAGGCUUGCUUUUUUAUACCUAACCCAUGAAGGGACGGUAUACAAAGGUAUUCAGGAAGCUCUAACAACAGUGACCUUGAUAUUGUCAGAGCACAUAAAGGAUUUUCUCGCCAAAGUACUUGCUUGAGCAUAUAGUAUAAAGGACUUCCUGUACAAGUUGUCAUCAUCAUCGACCGUUUGAACCUACCCUGACAGAUGAAAGUGAAGAAAAUGACUGAGCAGCUGCUGAAACCAAAUCAUUGGCAUACAUGAGUGAUUAUUGAUUGAUUAUUUUGUUACCCAAAAUAAAACCAGUUUUGCAACUAUUCAUUGAGAUAACUUAUUCAUGUAUGGGUUUGUUCAAGAGUGCAGGAGAAAGCGUCAUUACUGGUGUCAUUAAAAUCACCUAUAGCAACAAAAUUCCAAGUGCAUAGUUGUUCACAAAGAGCAAGGCCAAGAAGUUUCUCGGAGGUAGAAAGUGAUUGCGUGGAUCACAUCUGAUCAGGUAACUCAUUCUACCUCUAGGAGGAGAAUGGUCCGGCUUAAGUGCAGAGGUGUUCCCAAAAGUGGUGGGUCUUAAGUUUUUUCUUAAGAGUAGAAAGGGACUCCACAGAAAAAAAAAGAAAAGUAUUAUUCAUUCCAUCACUGGGGGAAAAGAGUCGGGUGAGUAACUUAGUGCUCUAUUGUGUAUGUAGUGGGCAGAAGGAUGAGGGAUUCAAGGAUGGCUGGGGCAGUUUUUGUUGUUAUUUUGCAAGCAAGACGGAUUUCGAAUUUAAUACAAGCUGCAACUAGAAGUCCCUUGAAAGGAAUAGACAACGGAGUGAUGUGCCUUUUUGGGAUUGGUUGAAGACAAGGUGGGCUGAUGCAUUCAGAAUCAUCUGCAGAGAUUUGAGGGUGCAUGUAGGAUGCAGGAAGAGCUGCCAGUAAGGAGUUGCAGUAGUCAGUGCAUGAUACCAGUCCCAGGAGCUGUUGCAUGGUCUGUCGGAUAGGGAAGGCAACUCUGCAUGACAGAGCAAUCACAGGUACAUGAAUCUUAUAUUAUCUCAUAUAAUCUUAAAUAUUCAUUCUUUUAGUAUCAUCAGCACAACAUAAUACGGUCCAAGCCAAUACAGUUGUAUUAACUUACUCAGGACAAGCUGGGUAUCAUUUUCAUAGCAGUGGCAUGAGCAACCAUGAGAGCGAAUAACUGCACCAAACAAGUGUUCAUUGAGAAAAAGAAGGGACCACACACUGACCCCUGAGGCACCCCUUUUGACACUCCUUCCCUCUGGGUUACUCCAGAUCUCCCUGUGAGGUGGGAUAUAAACCACUUGAGGGCAGAUCAUGAGAAACCAAGUUACAGGAGUAUGCAGGGGAGGAUUUAGUGGUUCACUGAUCCAGCAGCUGUUGAACCAAGGACUGAUUUCACUGGUUCUUAAAUCCCUCUGAAAUAACUUUAUUUAUAAAAGGUGUUGUUCUGUUGACUUGUGGUGCACAGGUGUACCUAGAAAUACAGGUAAACUGUCAGAAAAGGAGACUUUGCAGCUACAGUAAGUAAUAGGCGGCAAACAUAACAUUUAGUCAUGUGAUCAACAGUGACUCUACUGAAACCGUCUGCACUUCAUGCUGUACGGUGUUUUCAAUGGGCCACAGCGAUAGGCAUGACCUGACACGGCGUGCUAUUACAGAGCUGCCUGAGGUGAAAGUAUUAAUGGAGCAUUUUUGUGUCAAAAGAUGACUUCAAGCUGUCAAGAGCAGGAAGAAAUAUUUUUUAAAAAAAAAGAAACUUGGUGAGUCAUGCAGCUAUUUUGGAUUUUAAAUCUUUUUUUGGUGUUUUUUUUUGUUUGUAAGGUUGGAACCAGUUAUUUUUCUGACAAUUUAUUUAAAGGUUUAUUUGAGUGGUUCUUGAAGUGGAGUCCAGGGACUGCCAUGGGUCAAUGAUAGGGUGAGUGGAAGUCUGAAGUUAAGACUGGAAUUUAUUUCCACUGCAAUAAGUUCACUUUCAGGAACAAAUUGACAAUUUGUUGCUUUUAUUUUUUAUUCUGUAAUGAAAAUAUCUAAAACAACUCUCAGAUGGAGGUCAGUGGUGUAAUUUUUUAGUCAAUGGAUCCUUUUUAGGAAAAAGAGGUUUAUUGAUAUAAAAUAAAAUAAUAGAGGUUUUAUAAAACUACAGAUCAAAAACACAUUUCUGUUUCAUCCAUCAAAUUUUCUCACCAUAUCACUAAGACUUACUUUCACAUCCGUCACUGCAGUCUUAUUCAUAAUAAGUGGCUUUUGUUCAAGCUUGAACAUCUGCCUCUUUAACUCAGCCACUUUUUUUUUAGAAGCUCGGUUUAAAUUGCACGGGUUCAUUUAAACAAAUUGUCGCAUCUCAAACUCCAACCACCAAUCUCUAAACUAACUACCAAUCAUACAGACAAAUGUAGAUUCACAAGUGCUUGAUGGAAAGAUACUCGAGGUGUUUACAUGUGCUUACCCCGACUGUGUGUAAACACAUGUAAACACUCAGCACAGUGGAUGGUUUGAAGCAAAAAGUUCACUUUAUUUAUUUGAGUACGGGUUGAGACUCUAAAGUGACCACAGGGGGAUCAUUUGGCGAGGAAAGUCUGCUGUGGUUUAAGAUGGAAAAACAACCUAGUUGGGAGGUUUAUGCCUGUUUUAUUGGAGGAAACUUUGGGCUGUAUGACUGCAAAUUAAUCUUCCAAAGAGCACUUUUUGUUUGAUUUAAAUGACUUCUGUGAAAAAAAGUCUGCCAGUUAGUUUUAGUAUAAAAAAGCAAACAGUGCAAACAGUGAGGGAAAGAUAAAGCUGUAGAGUUCCUCGAAGAUAUAUCAGAUUUACUCAAUUAAACAUGGGUUGGCUAUGGCCAUGCUAUGCUGUAUAUUUUCAUUGACAUGGAGAAUUAUCUUUUCACCCAGCUUCAUUUCCCAUCAACCCUCCAGUCAACAUCUGAGAUUUCAAGUCUGAUUCUGCAUUAAAUGAAGGGAGUUGCCCUGAACUGCGAAAGUUGAUGUUCACAAAAAGGACAAGGCGGCAACCACAAACCGAAUGAAUAACUGUCACUUAGGAGACAGGAGAAGACACAAGUGGUCGUUAUCCUAACUGAAGAGACAGAGAAAUUUCCACAGAUGGGUUUCCUCUAAUAUGCAUAUCACUCUGGUUGAAAAUUGCUAUUGAUCUGCAGCUUUAGAGAUGGAAGGUGAAAAUGAUACAGCACUUGCGUAAGCAGGGCUCCAGAUCACCCUAAAAGCUGUAUCUCCCCUUUCAUUAGACCUGUUAGAGAAUAAAUAGCUGUGAGGUUACAGACAGCAGCUCUGCAAUGCAACCUGUCUGAUAUAUAAUCAUCAAGAAUGGACGGGGACAAGCUGAAACUUGAAUAUGCAUCAGUGCAAUAUGAACCAAGUGAGAUAAUAAAGUCAAUGUAACACCAGCAACUUAAGUGACUAGACCACUUGUUUCAAGAUGUUCACUCAGUUAAAAUUCUGAUUGCUAGCUGGGAUGCAGGUAUUGUUAAGUCCACUUUACACCUGCAGUGAUCCCACUCCAGCAGAAUCAAUGAGCGUGUCCCAGUGCCCGUUCACAAACAACACACAGAGCUGUAACUUUAUUGACAUUUUAAACCUCCAGGUAGACUGAGAGGAUUGGUGAAAAUCUUUUAUGCUAAUGGAGGAAAUGUGUUUUCUACAGUUCCAAAAGGUCCCGCACAGUCAAUUCAGGUUCAUACUGUCAAUAGGCAAGAGUCAAACAGCUGCCAACCUUGGAAUAAACAAUAUUGAUGAUGAGGUCUCAGCUGGGACUUAGACUGAGGUGACUCUGGCUCUUCUCCGCUAGCUGAGACUUGAACACUGAGGACUUAAAGGGAUAUUCCGGCGUAAAAUUACUUUAGGGUCAAACACACCGUAACACCAAGUUAAACACCCCCACGAGAGAUGAAUGUUGACGACCGCUUGAUUAUCUAGUUAUACCAAUUUUAGUUAUGACCAAAUGAUAGCAAUACACAGCGGUCUGAGGAGCCAUAAGCAAACCUUAACCAAAGCGCCACUCUAUAGCCACAAAUAAUGCUCAGAACGGCAUCUAACUUCAUCAACAGGACAUAUAGGGUCCCGGCCAUAGCACUAGUAACCAAACAUUUUCUUAACUUUGCCUAAUUUCUUCAGCAAAGAGACUAUACACAACUCACCUACUCUCUUCCAGCAGCCACUUGUUUGUAGCGAGAUCUCAGGCCAGCCCAUUACGGACUGCUGCGGGGUGACACAGCUCAAAGAAGAACAUUUAUGAUCAUUACUUCAUGGAAAUGCAAUCAGACUGAGACGCUAAGGCAGAAAAACUACGGCGUCUGCAGUGCAAAAUGAUUGAUAUGAUGAUUAUUACUUCAAGGAAAUGAUAAAGUAAUGAUCAUAAAUGUUCUUCCUUGGUGACUCGACCUCAACACUGUUUCUUGGACAAUGCUGUCUGUGUUUCAUCAAGAUGAACAUGUGCAGAUACUGGAAGAGCACAUGCAAGAAAAGUUCAGACCUGUUGACCGGCUUUUUCCCUUUCUGUCCUCUUUUAUGUUUCUGCUCCUCUGACAACCUUCAUCAGCAGAAUGUUUCGUUAGGUUCAUAAAUAACCCAUUUUAAAAUAAUGUCACCAGGGACUCUGUUAUAAGAUGAGCUUUAACACGCAUUUAUAGUCCGCAAAUAUACUUGGGCGGCUGUAAGUUUACUUGGAUGGAUUGUUCAGGUACCAUCCAGGAGUGGGAAACAUCCCGGGAUGAGACGAAAUGCUAUCACCUCAGAUUGGUUGUAAAACCCGUCAAUCUCAGAUCAGCUACCCCCUUUUGCACCAAACAAUUCAGCGACUCGAUUUGUAGAUGUAGGAAGCACAAUCUGUGACUCAUGGGGAAGAUUCCAGCAGUUGUAAUUAUUGAUUUGUGUUUGUGUUUUAAAACAACACAACUACUUUUGUGGUAGCUUAUUGCACAUUAAUGUAAUAAAACAUAUUCACAUAUUCAAAUUUUGUCCACAACUCCUUAUUGCUCCAUCCAUGUGCACAAAUAUAUUUUGCACCAAAUAUGCUGCAACAAUUGGAGCAAAAAUUUGAGCGUGUCAGAGUUUGAAUCUGUGACUUGUAAAAUAGGAUUUGUGCACCUGUAAUUAAGAAUUUGUGAAUGUGUAAAUGUGUUGUAUUUGUGGUAAUAAAAAAAUUCAACAAGUACACACAAAAAACCUAUUAGUAAACAACUCAUAGAGUGCGGAUUUCACAUUUACUAAUACACAUAGACAAUCACUGUUACAUGUUACAGAUGCGCAAACCUUUUGCACCAAAAAUACCCUCAUAAAAAUUGCCUGAAUAUCCUGAAUUUGCACAGAAAGCGUCAAGAGAUCAGAUGUAAAAAGAGCUUUACUGAGAUUAUUUUUGGGCAGUCUUGAGCAGGAGAAUACCCUGCAGGAAAAGAAGCAUUAACACCAUUUCCUGAUAAAUUUCUCAUUGUCUUGAACUUAUUCUUGUCACCCAUUUGAGUUUAAAUUGCUAUAUCCCUAAAGCUGAUAAAAGAGGGAGAAACGUCUGCACUUGAAGCCGUAAGAAAAGCCAGACAGUGUUACUUGCAAAUGAUGGAUGCAGCAGCUUUGUAUCAUUGUGGUCCCAACACAGGUUUCCUGACAGGCAGGAUGAAUGAGCUCACUAACUGAACUCCUUGAUAUCUGUAGCCGUCCACAUGCACUAUAAGCAGAAUUACUGCUAUUAUUUAAUUAAAAUAAGAGCAGCCUCAAACUUUAUAGCAUUUAAUUAGUGUUUCAUUGUUUGUUUACAUGUGCAGGCAAGUGAAUUACACUGCAUUUCAGCCUGCAAAUGGAACAGUUGCUUAUCAGCGUUCCCAGACCAGACCAUAUAGCCACUGAGCUAAGGCACGAAACUGCUUUUCUAUGAAAUUUAUUCUACAUCUCCAUGCCCCGGAGGAGCUCUUCAGUUAAUCAAAUCAGUGGAAUCAGUUUGUGGCCUCGCCGUAGCCACGAUAAAAAGGAAUGACUGGAAACGUUGUAUGCACCGUAUAAAUUGAGUUAAUGUCUACUCUUAUAAGCCCCAAUAUUACUGCAGUUACAACUGCUUGGUCAGGAGAAGUAACAACAGCUUUCACCUUGUUGGAAAGGAUUCUGUGAAAUAGUCAUUACUGUAUUAGCAGAUAUGGACGUUAUCAGCCAAUUAAAUCCUCUAACUGUUGACAUUGAGAGCACUGAUAAAAGGUAGUGGGUCUUACUUUCAUAUCUAUGUUUAUGGGUAGGACAGAAAGGUCAAACAUAAUGUAAAAUGAAUUUUCUAUUAUCAUCCUAGCCUUUUUUAAUUAUCUGUAUAUUAAAUAUUGUUUUACUGUCACUAAUUUGCAGUAAACUAGAUGAUUGAUUUGUGAGGCAGUCUGUAGUGCAUGCCUGGCUCUCUAGUCUGGCUGUAUCCAAUUUGCAUAUGCUAUCUACUUCAGUUUCCUUCCACAAUCCAAAAAUGCAUUGGAAAAGUGAAAUUGAACUUAAUUUCCCUCGAGUAUGUAUGAAAUUAUGCAAGUCUGUACAGUAGAACCGAGUCCUGCGAUGACUGUCAACCAAGCCAGUUUUCUUUUUCCUGCUUUGUUUGUUUCAUCCAAGCAAAGAAGCGAAUGAGCAGAAGACAGAUGGUUGGGAAACUAUUGUCCACAAUAAUACUAGUUUGCAGCAGUGCCUCAAAUUAGAUAAUUAAAAGGUGUAAGUUUAAUAUGAAAAGAAAAGUAUGCAGCAGUAAAGGUGACCUGAAGCAGAUCGAAGUCAAACUCAGAUCUGAAUGUAUUAAAGGGAAAUUCUGGCGUAAAAUUAAUUUCACCCCGCAGCAGUGUGUAAUGGAUUGGCCCGAGGUCUCGCUACAAACAAGCAGCUGCUGGAAGAGAGUAGGUGAGUUGGGUUAAGUCUCUUUGCUAAAGAAAUCAGGCAAAGUUAAAAAGAUGUUUGGUGGCUCGUGCUGUGGCUGGGACCCUAUAGAGUGGCGUUUCGGUUGAGGUGUGUGUGUGGUUCCAUAGACCGCUGUGUAUUGCUAUCGUGCGGUCAUUAAUAAAGUUGGUAUAACUAGAGAAACAAGCGGUCGGCAACAUUCAUCUCUCAAGGGGGUGUCUAACUCUGUGUUGUGUUGUGUUUGACUCUAAAUUAGUCUUCUGCAGGAAUAUCCGUUUAAGACUGCAACAAGACAGGACUGAGAUUUUUACGGUAUGAAACCACAGCAAGACCUGAACAUGACCAGGAACAGUCUCUGACGGCAGGUUACACUAAUGCAGAAAUGUGUAAGGGUUUAUAUUAAUUCAUUUGGGAGAUUAUCAUGCAAAUAAAACACUCAAAAAACACAAAAAACUAAAUAAAGAUAACCAGGUAAUCAUCUUAAUCACUUCAUCAACAAACUUCUUCUGUCUAAUGUAUGUAAUUAACAUUUAUUAAAAUGUACAGAUGUUUCAGUACUCCAUCUAAGUAGGGUAUUUUUUCAUGUGUUUGUGUGUGCUAACUAAUGGGGAGAACAGUUUCUGACAAUGGUCCAGUAUUGACGUAAAGUGGAGAAGCCAGCAGCCAUGAAAAAUACUAAAACAUAAUUUAACAGGGCAAUUGUGCAUCAUCAAACUGCAUCCACUACAAGCUUAUUUUGCAGCUGCAGGCUGGUCUGCUCCAUCUCAACACUGGACCUUUUCCAGAAACUGUUCCCCCUUAUUAGUCAAGCACACAUAAACACAUGGGAAAACAGGGCCAUGUUGACGUUCACCUUUAAGGCUAUCAGCUGGCUGUCGCUUGGAAUCGGUUGCUUUUAGGACCAUGGUAAGAUUUUCUCUGACUAUUAGCAGUUGUAAGACGGUCAUGUAGGCUCGCAUGUCGCACUCUGUAACACCAAUUUGCAGCUGAAUAAUGUCCGUGCUGAAUGAAUCAUCAUCAAGACCCCAAAUUUAAAAUGAUCCCCCUUUUCCAGAUUUUCUGAAUUAAAAAAAUCAUCUUGUAUUUGGUGUUUAUUUGUUGUUAAAACAGUAGACAUUGGCUAUAAUAUAAAUUAUAAAUAAACACUAAAACUUUGAUUUGUAACUCACGUUCUUGAUGUUGUCAAUUGCAUUUAAAAGUAAAGCGAAGAAAUGUAACAUGCGAUGCAUUCAUAGGCAGCUUUACAAAAGAUUAACUUUUGCAAAACAGAUAUUUAAAUUGAGUUCUUAAGUUUUAUAGGUUUAAUUUUCACUUUGGGAUGAAAACAUUGAGUGUGGGAGUUGUACUGCAGUGUGCUAACAGUGCUGUACAACUUGUACAUUAACUUUAAAGUAACUCAUGCUUAGCUGCAGCAAUGAUUCACUGUAGAUGUAAUUUUUGUAUUUUUCCACGGUCAGUGAGUGUAAGAGAGAGUUUCUUGGUAAAUGUUUCUUUUGAAAUUGACACUGGAAGAUAAUGAAAGACUCCUUGGACUCGCUAUAGCUCGAAAUGUCCAUUAUGAGAAGCAGCUUCUCCAUGAGGCGAUUGAAAAGCACUCUGCAAAGCAUUCGUACAUCUGUAAUUAGCUUCGGCCUGGGUAGUCCAAAGAUACAGUAUGGGAUCUGUACAUUUUGUUCUGCAAAGCUGAUUAGUCAGCUCAUGCUCUUCAGUGUAACCUUGUAAUGUGAAGAUGACAGAGGUUAGAUUGCUCCAUUCCUCCAGUGUUCAAGGAAAGGGAACACACCAUUACCAAGGCAGCAGACAGGAACCGGCUGGAGGGCACCUGUCUGUGUGAGCUGCGGUGGAUUUACAACAUCUGCUCCAUGCAGCAGCAGAGGAUGCCACCCCCGUUCACUGCUGCUGGAUUAAUUAUGUCAGACAUAGGGAACCAUGCAGCCAACAAACUGCAACAUGAGCUUAUAAUACUAGGACAGAACCUCAGGAAGUUAUAGCUACCAUUUCUCUUAGGACAACAUAUGUUAAAACCUCUGAUCUGAACAUGAAUAAUUCUGUGCAAUGAAGAAGACAGUCAGUCAUCAGAUUACCUCUAUGUUUUGUUGAAAGUGUUGCUUUGUUUAUUACCACUACAUCCUGCACCUCCUGAAAUACAGGACCAGGUAUCAGCUUGUAUCAAUUUCUUGUUUCUGUGUAAAAUUGAUGCUAAAAUACUUUGACGGAGUGUGCUGACACGGGUAGAAUAAUUAAUACAGUACAGAAAAUUACAUGUCCAAAUACAGUUGAAAUUGUGGGCAUGUUUUACUCCCACAGCUUUCCAGUCCUCCACAUGUCACAAUACAGGCCAGUGUGUGACGAGAAGUUGGCCUUAUUUGUAGGGCGCCUUUGACUCAGUCACCACCCUGCAGAUUUUAAUCCCCUCCCACUCCAUGCCUUGUUAGGCUCUAAUUAAUUGGCUCAAGUGAAUGCCACUGAGCGUUUGACGGCUUUCUUUGAGUGAUAACACUGUAACCGGGAGCCACAUGCCUAUAGAUCUGCCUCUGGAGAAGAAUCACUCCAUUUUAGGUUUGUUGCCUCACUGCCGCACAUAUCCUGAGGGAUUCAACCCUGCUGCUGUGAUAACAAGCAGGAAAAAACACUGCUAUGAAAGCUGCACAGGCUUUUUACUUUCUAUUCUCUUGUGCUUUUGGAAGGUUUAUAUAUUUAUCUAUAAUUUGUCAUUGUAAUAAAAAAGACAAAUAAAUUGUGCUUUAAAAUAUAAUGUGACAUGAAAUCGAAACCCAUCUAAAUACUGAUGGUGAUUUUUCUGCAAAUAUCCAGUAUCUUACUCCCAUUAACCGCCUCUUUUUACACUGUGUAUUUGGUUGUUAAUGGCAUAAUCCCUACAAGGUAGAAAACAAACUUUAAAUUGUACUUAUUUUUAGACUUAGUCAACACUUACUGUACUGUCCAAAUGUAUCCACUCACAGAGCCAUAACUAAAACUGACUUAUGACAAAAUUAUGCUCUUAAUAAGCCAUUUGGAAGACUUAAGAAAAUGCAUAACCAGGAAAACAUUAUAAUUCUUCAUUUGUGUUUACCACAAUACAAACUGAAAAACAGAGGAAAAACAGACUACAGUGACUACAAAAAGAUAUAAAUCUUUAGCACUCGAUAAGAGGCUGGAUAAAAAGAAGAAAUGCAAACAAUUAUCAGAGAGUAGAUGGAUAAAACUGAAUUAAACCCCAUACUAAAAUGAAAAAAUUAUGGAUGUAACCAUAAAAAUAGACAAAUAAAUCUCAGUUUAAAACUUGACAGAAAAACAAACAAACUUACUGGAUAAAGAUUUACAGAAAACAAAUUUGCUUGUAGUGUACACUAAAACAGCUGGUGAGGCAAAUGAAGCAUUCUUCUUUGCUGCAGCUUCAUGUUAAAAGAAUUCAAAUGAUGUCACUAGGGUAGACUUUUAUUUUGAAGGAGUCACGGAAAAAAAUGACAAGUGGCUUUUAUUGCAGAGAGCUCAUAGUAGAAUUGUGACAUAUUUGUCACCAAAGUUUGUGUUUACUUCCUUGUUCAUGAAAAAAUGUGGCAUUCAUUGACAGAUUUCUUCAUAUACCGUAUUUUUCGCACUAUAAGGCGCACCUGAUUAUAAGGUGCACCAUCAAUGAACGCGUCUAUUCACGUCUAUUUUCAUACAUAAAGUGCACCGGAUUAUAAAGCACAUUAAGCCAGAUAAGACAAACUUUAUUCAACUCAUUCAAUAACUCCGCCUAGCUAGCUGCAGCGCUCCGACAAGCCAAAAGGAUUUUAAGUGUGCCUUAUAGUGCGAAAAAUACGGUUUGUUGUGUUAUUUUAAAUUUGUAAUACAUUUUCUAUAACUACAAUCUAGUUAAAGCUGGGGAUGUCUGUGUAGUCGAAGACAAAAGGUCGUUAAAGGUCACCAAAGAGCAUCACCCUCAUCAACAACCAGAAUAAAUGGUGAUUUAAAUCAAUUAUUGAUAUAAUAAUUACUGUGGGCCAAAGAUUCAGAUCAAAUGUUCAUCUAGGCUGUAACCCAACCACAUCCCAUUAGCCGGCCUUUAGCUCCAAUUAAUGUCUACUGUGUCAUACUACUCUACUGCUGGAUGUAAACACGCACAGAUGACAGAUGGCAUCUGCCAUAGCAUGGCAUGUUUUGGCAGCAUUUUGAUGUCAAAAAGGAAGAUGGAGUUAUAUAUAAACAGGCUGUGUCAUUAAACUGGCAAAUAACCACUCAACUUUGACAUAGCAUAACCAGCACAGGCAUGUGGAUGUGAAACUGCAGGGAGGACUGAAGACUGAAAUCUGACAGUUUUGUUCCCACACUGAGUUAAAUAAAUUGUGUUUUAGAGUGUUUUCUGACAUUACUAGUUGGAAUUUAUAUACCUGUCAGUCCUGAAUGUCCCCAGUUUAAGUAUUGCUUGCCAUUUACAGCACCUGGCAGUGUAAACUAAAUUGAAACAGCUGUCAAAUUGAAGGACAAUGAAAAUAAUCAUGAUAAUGGUUAAAAUGACACUUUUAUUUAUAUAUCACUUUUUAAAAAGAAGUUACAGAGUGAAUGGGAUAUGACUGAACCACCAUGGUGUGUUGUGAAAUGAGUGGGGGGUUCUGUUUCCGUCCUGUGGUUCAGGAGAGAUCCUGUUUAGAUGGGCUCUAGCCUAAAAAUCCUUCUCGUUAAUGAUGCAGAGCAUGAAGGCAGAGAUGCUGAGAAGUUUUAGCUUCAAGUUUUUGGCAGCAUUGUUAUUGCUUUAGGGAUGCUGAGCCGUUGCCCUGCAGUUCUCAUGGUCUGCAUCACAAUGAGACUCAGCUUGAUAUCACUUACAGCAUCACACGUUCAGCUGGCGAGAGACGAAGAGAGCAUUUGAGCCAGGCAGGGGUUGGGCGGGCUGUUUACUGAAACCUGCCUCAGUACUUUUAUACACUGAACCUUGACUGAAAUUAGGAGAAACACCUGUUUAGGGUGACAUUGUGUAAGACAAAUGGCCGUGUUUAAGCUGAUCUUGCUCUAUUAAAGUCACAACAAAACCACAAGGCUAUCCAGGUUAAACAAGAAAAUAAGGUCAUCUGAUGACUAAUAACCCUUUCAAGUAUCUCUCUUACAUUUGUGAAAAGGUUACACAAGACAGGGCAGCACAACUGAGAUCUUCGACUAAUAACAGUUGGAGAUGAAUCUCUAAAAUAACCUGGACACAUUCUUAGAUUAACACAAUGAAAUGAUAAAAGGAUGACCUUUCGUAAAACACACCACUGUCAGACAAGUCAAAGUGACAUUUAAGUGUUUCUUUGCGGUAAAUUUAGAAGAAAAUACUGACUACAUUUCUCAAAGCCUGAAUUCAAUGAGUCUAUUUUCUCUUGGAUUUUCAUCUCCAACUUGUCAUGAUAUUCCCUUUUGUCAAACAAGUUGCAAUGUCAUCUAGCAGACGCUUUUAGCCAAAGUGAUGUACAUACAAAUCAUACGCCUGUAGAGGACACAUACUGGGAGCAAGGAGAGUUAAUGCUACGUUCGAGUUACCUCAGAAGUCAGAUGAUGAAAAUGACGUCACACUUGAGUUACCAGCGUUUCAAUUAGCAAGUCGGAAAAAAAGCAAAAUCGGAGGCCUGAAACAAGAUGGCUACAUCUACGAAAGUUGUUCUUGCACUUGUCGAAUAUUCGGACAAGGUAAGCGCUAAAAUAACUUUUGUAGAUGUAGCCAUCUUGUGUCCGCCUCUGAUUUUGCUUUUUCCCGACUUGCUAACUGAAAUGCUGGUAACUUCGGGUGUGACGUCAUUUUCAGCUCGGACCUCUGACUUCUGAGGUAACUCGAACGCAGCAUAAGUGUCUUGCCCAAGGACAUAAAGGACAGACUAGGGAUAGGGGGGAAUCGAACCACCAACCUUCCAGUUGUUGGAUGACUGCUCUACUUCCUAAUCUUUCUUAAGACUGGAAAGUUGGGUAAAGUCCUCAUGUACGUGUAGACAAAUUAAUUUCAUGUAUUCCUCCAGGACAAAGCCGCAUUUAGCUACCAUAUCAAAUGUGUUUCCGGCAACAACCACAGCAAUUUUCCAUCGAGACAAAGGAUUCAAAACAAGCUGCUGUUCAUAUAAAUACCAGUACUUUAUUGAGAGCUGGUGACAUGAGUGGGUGGGGAAAGUACUUUUAAAAAUUGUGAAAUUAUCAUUAGUUAGGAGAAUUCUUGACUGGUGACAGCAUUUACAAAAAUUUCGAGGCCUAAUGGGACUCAGAAAUGCCGAUACGCUUGUUGUGAUUCUAGCUGUUUGAAAGUAAAAAUGCAAAACCGGACAAAGCUUUGGUGUAAAAAGUAUAAGCCUGAAGUAAUGAGGGUGGAUUUUCAGUUUACAUACAAAAGCAGUAAUUGAUCUAAUCAAAUGUGGACAAAUAUCUAUAACUUAAAUAUUAACAGCAAUAACAGUUUGUGCUUGGACAAAAAAAUGCUGUUUUUAAAAAGUACACGAAGACAAGGUCAAGGUUAUUGUUUCCUUUGCUUAAUUACAUUUCAAAUAUUCAAUUAUUUUGAGCAUGUUUAAAGAACAGGAAUUCGUAAGUAGGAUGUCAAAGAGUGACAAUAGUUGCAUUCAGUACGAGCCAGCCUUGACAGUCUCUGUACUCAGGAACAACGGAAAGAAAGGGAAGCAAUCUAUGUGAUAAUCAUGUGAAUGGUAAUACAGCACAAGUAUUCAAACCAGGUGAGUUACUAAUGGUCAGUUACGAAAUUUUUUCUUUAAGAGGGUCAUUUAAGAGAAAAUAUUGGGUGGGUAUUCAGUGGGUUCAUGUGUGUCAGACAGGCUCAUAUAAUAACCCUGUCAAAUGUUAAUUCCAGGGUGUCACUGUUAGCAGAGACUGAGGUCUGCAGUGGUUUCCAUUCAUUUCACUGCCCAACACUAAAUUACAUGGAUACAUGUUAGAUGUAUCAGCUCUUUUCAUGUACGGUAUAUAUACAUGCUACCCCUCUUUGUCUCGCCCACACUUGCAUGUGCUCAAUUUCCUUCUCAUAUUUCAGUCUGAUGACAUUAUUCUUCCUUUCUCUAACUUUUCUUAGCAAUUACUUAUUUCACAUUUGAAAGUAAUAGAUAAGUAAGACUAGAAAAGCACUCGGAGAACGCAGACCUCCGCCAAGCAGCUCAUGUCCCCCCUUAUAUUGUGAUUCACACCAAAACUUUUACUGUUACGUGUCUUUUAUUAACUAUUAUUUGUGUUUAAACUGGUAUGUUCACUGUUCAUAAUGUUCCUAAAACAAGAAAUGCCCAGGACCUUCUUGCUGUGAGGUGACAGUGCUAACCACUACACCACUGUGCCGCCCAUUGGUUAUCUUUCAGCAUUCAGAAAACCUUUGACACCUCAUAAAACUCAUUCAGAUCCUUUUGUGUAAUUUUUUUACUAAAGACAUUUUUAUAGAGUUAAAUGCAAAAAUUCCCAAAUUUGCCCUAUCUCACAAUGAUAAAGAAUCCUUCAAAAAAUUCCUGGAUCCAGAAGGCGAUCCGGAUCACCACCAAAAUGUAAUGGGAUCCUCCUGGGGCUGAGACGCACCUCUGGUGAAAAUUUCAGGUCAAUCCGUCUGUUACUUUCUCCGUAAAGUUGCUAACAGACAAACAAACCAACAACCCAACAAACAAACAAACCAACGAUACCGAAAACAAAACCUCCUUGGCGGAGGUAAAAAGGAGCCAACUACACUAAAUAGACUGUUAGAGAAAUGACUGAGUGUAGUGCAAAGACAACAACAAUAUGAAACAUGAAAAUGGUUAAUAAAAAAUAACAGGUACUUAUUUUUGAUUUGUUGCCAGUGACACAUUACAGGUUAAUAACAUGAUGGAGUUAAAAAUGGCUUUCCAGAGAGGCCGAAUCUCUUGAGGUGAAGAUGGAAAACUGAUUACCACACAGGGAGAGACUGUGUGAGGAAAUUAAUGUUGUUCAGCUUGUAAUUACAAAGAAUAAGGAGGUUUAACUUCUACUUCACGGUGUAUGAUUCAGAGAGUCGAGGAAAUAAUUUGUACUUAAGGGAAAAGUUGAUGAUCAAUAAUGGAAGGCUGUGAGCUUUGGACCCUCAAGCAGCAGUGCAUUAAGAUAGACGAAGUGGAAAUCACUGCAUGGACUUAAAGGGAUAUUCCGGCAUAAAAUUAAGUUAGGGUCAAACACAUCGUAACACCGAGUUAGACACCCCGUCGAGAGGUGAAUGUUGCCGACCGCUUGCUUCUCUAGUUAUACCAACUUCAUUCAUUUCCUCAUGGAACUGCAAUCAGACCGAGACACUAAGGUAGAAGACCUACCGUGUCUAAAGUGCAAAAUGAUUAAUAUGGUGAUUACUACUUAAAGGAAAUGAUAAAGUAAUGAUCAUAAAUGUUCCUCCUUGAGCUGCGUCACCCCGCUGCAGCCGAUGGACUCACCCGGAGGUCUCCGUACAAACAAGUGGCUGCUGGAAGAGAAAUAGUACGUUGUGUUUAGUCUCUUUGCUAAAGAAAUCAGGCAAAGCUAAAAAGAUGCUUGGUGGCUAGGACCCUAUAUUUACUGUUGAUGAAGUUAGGUGCUGUUCUGAGCAUUAUUUGUGGCUAUAGAGUGGCUUUUUGGUUGAGCACGUGGUUCUCUAUUGCUAUCUGCGGUUGUUACUAAAGUUGGUAUAACUAGAGAAGCAAGCAGUCGGCAACACUCAUCCCUCGAGAGGGUGUCUAACUCAGUGUUACGGUGUGUUUGACCCAAACUUAAUUUUAUGCCAGAAUAUCCCUUUAAAAUCACUUUAAAGAAACCUCAUCUGUGAACAGCUCAUAUCCACAAAUGCAGGUUAAAACUCGGCCAUGCAGAGGAAAAACAUAUAUAAACAUAAUCCAGAAACACUUGUGACUUUUCUGGCCUGAGACAAACUGAAAACUCUAAAUUCUGAAUUCCUUUUUUAGCAAAAACAUCACUUUGCUUUAUUAGUUAAAACAUUCAAGAAAAAAAAGAGCUAAUCAGUCUCUAAACAAUUGAGGUCUUCAUCGCUAUCUUUACAGAACAAAGGAAACAUGGCUAAUGAGGCCACUUAUUCAAUUAUUCUGGGUUCAGUUAUGUUUGGCCCUGCCAGCUAUAAUCCACACUGCCUGGUUUACUAAAGAGCUAUUGAAUUUCAGAGCUAAAAUUAAUUAGGACAUUGUUAUGAUUUAUUUUCAGUGGAAGUUAACUUGAAGGAACUGGAAAAGAAAAACUGUAAUCAUUUCAUGCACAUUACAGUUUCUGUUCUUCAAACUGUGACAAAAACGUCUAACAGGGCUUUUGUCUGAAUAAUGGCUGGCUGGUUCUUUUGGAGACAUUUUGUUUGUUCACAACAAACAGAAGAGAAGGGAAAAGCUGUAGAGGCAUGUGUCACGGUGUUCACUAGAGAAACACACAUUUUAUAGUUUAAAUUAAGACCACUGAACAGAACUGAUAGAGGAGAGCACCGAGACAUACCAUGCAAUUUGGUUUUAGAAAUACAAAUAAUUAGCAGUGAUUCAAAGCCUCUUUGCAACCAUGCCAGGCCACAUGCUGUGCUAUGAAUCAUUCCUAUGACAUACUAAUGAUAGAGAAAAGUGUUAAUCUUCACCCCUAUCCUGUGCUGUAUGUACACCUUGAACCUAUUUCAAACUGCAUAACAUUUCAACACCUGACUGUAAAUUUCAUUUAUCACUAACAGUGUUGUAAGCGUGACUGACAGCUCUGAAGAUGACAAAUCGGUGCCUGGGGUUUAGAUCAGGGAGGAAUGACUUUCACUUUUCCUUCGAUAUCAUACUCUCAAGUCAAACUUUGACAAACAGCUCAGCUCUGACAGAGGUUAAAGAAGAGUUGAUGUGAAAUGUCCCUCUGUAGCGUUGUCAGACUUUGAAUUUAUACUUGAGCCCGUGUUGACUGAAGGCUUAUGUUCCUUUUGAUCUCUGGUCUAUACCAUUUGGUGUUGGAUCCCUCUGUGACCUUUCUUUGGAGCUUUUAAAACAGUGAGCCCAAAGAUGUCAUGUAACUGAGCUACUGCAGAUCACUGUUCCAGUCCCGAGGGUCCCACAUGAUUGGCAGAGUCCUCUGCUCUGGAGUCCACCUGAACAGGCAAACAUCUGGUCAUGCUGACCCACAUUUCAUUUUCUGUCAUCUUAACGUUGGCUCAGGGUGAAUGAUAAUUUCCCUGCUGUGGUAUUCUGUUUUAUGGAGGGGUUUCAGGCAACAAUCAUGGAUGAUGGAGGGAAAUGGAGCCACUUAGAUCUACAAAUGUUGUUCUACAUCAGCUGUAGAAGUGAGGGUGUUUUCAUCAUUUAACAUAUAUGCUGUUAGCAAUUUGCCGGCCAUUUUGAUAUGUAAAACAUCAGUUAGGAGAUGAUCAAAUUGUGAAUCUGAAGAAGGCAUGUUGCCACAUACUGUAGCAGAGGCCGACGUGCUUUUGUCAGUAACUGUAUUCUUGCCCAAAGCAAGUAAACUGAGACAAGGACAGAAGUCUGGUAAAAUCGCCUAAUGGAGCUUUCACCGUAGCGUGACUUACUUGUGUAUGUUAACGUCUUUGUCAGGGGAUUAAUAGGUGAUGAACAUACAGCGAUAAAUCAGCUGGCCAAUUAAUCUGCGUUGAUUUCCUUGAUUUUGGGGGAUUGGGGGAUCAGCGAUCAGCCAAUCCUUACAUAUAAAACUAAUCAGAUCUACCUCUGCAAAGGUCUGAACGUCAGUCAUUGGAGCUUUUUGCACAGCCAGACUGUUAGGCCCGCCUAUCAGGUCAAGUGUGCACACGCGCAUCCGUCAGCUGCAGAGGUAAACAACAGUAACCCUGAGCAUGGUCAACCAAGCCUGCUGACUGUUUGGCAGUAUUAGGCAGGAAAAGAAAAAGAGCAAAGGUUUGCAGUUUGUAAUUUAUGUAAGGCAUGAAGUGAAGUAAGGGUGAAGUCGAAAUAGGAGUAGAACAUUGAAAGUGUGUGCUGUCAGUUAUAAAGAAAAUCUGUAUCGGCCAAAAUCGGAAUUGGCAGGUCAGGAUUGGUGAUCGGCCAGAAAAAUAAUGGUGCCAAAUGAAAACUCAAUCAAACUUUGAUCAUGGAAAUGUUGCUUGAACAAACGUUCAGCUGAUUUGGUAACCAGUGGAGGGAGAGGUGGAGUUGAAGCCAUUGUAUACCUGUCUGGGAAAAUCUAUGGCCCAUCUGUCAGUCAAAGGGGCUAUACCCUUCAUUAUUCCUGAUUAUGCAAAACUCUUAGCCUCAAUAUGAUCAAAAUGUGUGAGUUACAAGACAAACCAUCCACCAGAAGAAGUCCUAAAGCAGAACAUGCCUGCUGUGUGGGGGACAAUAAAUGUAUCUAGUUCGAAAAGUACACCAUCUCUCCUGCUGCUGCCUUUAAGGUUUUGUCUGAACUGCUUGUUGCUGGUAUAAAACCAGACCAGGCAUCUGUCUCAUACUCUGGUUAGAGACAACAGAGCUGAGAAAGGAAGACCCAAACCCUCUUUAAAACCAGGUUGUAAACACGUUCAGUUCUGCUGUAGAGAUGAGAAUUUUAAUGAGCUCUAGUUGUGUCUCUUUGGCAUUUGGGAACUGUAGUUUUUUUUCUCCACACUUUUGUAUGGACUUCAUUUUUCAAUACCAGUUAUGUUGCUUGGUUUCAACUCCUUUAUUUUCUUCCCAGAUGACAAAUCUGAGAUCUUUAUUUGGAAUUUCUCAACAGUGAGUUCCCCUCAGAUACUAGACUGAUGGCAGAAACACCCUCAUUAAUGACAUUUAUGUGUUUUAAUUGAUUUUGGGGUGCUCACUGUUCUCGGUUAUGGAUCUGUGUAUUAACUGGUGUACUUACUCAUGCCAGCAAUCCCAUUUCAGACAGUAGAGUGGCCGAGGCUGAUACCAGUACUCUAUCUGAUUUGGAACAUCGACCGAAACAUACGGCACUGGCAUUUCAUCAAGACCACGCGACACUUUUAAAUAAUUUAAAGCUGAAACAGACAAGACAGUAGUUUCACAUCACCAGUGUGGUGUGCAUCUGGAACCAUAAAAUUAAAACACACAGCAAAAGCCUCAAGAUUUAUUGCCUUAAGAAACAGCCUGCCAUGGAAAUGACGAUGAAUGCAAUCAGCUGAAAAGGCCUGUCUCAAGAUUCAUGUUUUCACUGUACUACAAGACAACAGACGGACCCUCAAGUGCCGGGGGCAUGAGGGAGUAUGAGCAGCGCAGAGGGCUCUGCUGGUAAAGAGUCUCGUCAGUGAGAGUGCCCAUCAAUCAUUAUGCUGGAAUGUGAGGCCCCUCCCCCCUCCUGUAAUGACUCUUGAGUGACAGCCACAGCUGGCAGGUAUUAUAGCCUUGCCACAACAUCAGACCCGACAGAAGGCUGGCACUUAAUCACUUUGUUAAAACAGCUCUGCUACUGUUUCAUAAACAUCUCCCUCUUAGUUUCAUAAGUACUGAGCAGAGGCCAACACUCACUAACACUCAUCAUCCUCCUGUUCAGACAUUUUAGGUCCAAAUACAUCUUUUAGCAUCAACCACUCCUACGUUGUUUUUGCUAAAACAUCAUUCAACCAUUCACUGUUCAGCUCAUUCAGAAUGUUUUUGCUGGUUUGACUUUGACUUCAGCUUUUUAAUCAAACUUUCAUAAUGGGAGUCUACAAGAGGAGUGAUUCAACCUGGUUUUAAUCUAAUCAGUUUUGUUAUUCAAAUGCUGUCAUAAGCUAGGCUGCAGACUCCAUUCAAAGAUGAUUUUGUUCACAAGGCCUUGAGCCUCCCAAAGUUAUACUAGGUGCCAUGGUUUCUUUUAAAAAUUUGUCAAAGGAGACGGCUUUAACAGACGCAUUGAAAUUUCAUCAGCUGGGGCCAAAUUUCUCUUAUAAGUGAGAAAAACACUGCUAAACGGCUCUAUUAUAUCAAAUACAAUACCUCAAAUGCUAACAAAAGUUCAUUUUUUUCAGAAAGGAAUCAUGUAACCCACACAAGUACUAAUUUCCAGCUAGAUAAAGUGCAGGCUGUCUGCUUUGUCUUCAAUUUUAUUUACAGCUUUUAAUUUAUUUUACAAAUGAGCUAAAAUAUUACGAUUGAGUAUUACACCACUUGAGAAAUAAGUUAUCCUCUCUCUACAUGUAUUUAUUUUACCUUUAUUUCAUCAGGAAUGUUCCCACUGAGAUACAAUAUCAGUUUUUAAAGGGAGUCCAGACUAAGACACAAGGUCAGUACAUUCAGUAUGUCAUUUGAAAAAAUAAAUACUUUGUCUUUUAGCUCAUGGGCAUCACACUUCCAUGUAACUGAGUCUGUUAUGAGUACUGGCAAACUUUCCGGCUGCCUGUGUUUGCUGUUUGUCCUCGGCUAUUGAGUUUGAGUUCACAACAUAAUCACAAAAUGUUCCUCCUUUUAGUGCAGGUGGCUGGCUUUUCUGCAAAUGUCAUUUUAACCUUUAUAUAUAUAAACUGUCGGCUGUAAUUAUGACUUCCUAUCUAUAAAAUCACAAGUUUAUUCUUGUGAUACAACGAGGUUAUUUCUGAAGACUUUAUUCUCACAAUAUCAUGACUUUACAACCGCUUGUUUUCUUCUUAUACACUAUUUUAAACUUGCAACAUUGUCACUAAUAUUGUAAUAUAACAACUUUAUUCCAUCAAGACUUAACUUUCAUACGUGGAUAUUGUAAUAUGUGUAACCCUAUUCUUGAAACCUUACAUUGUUUUCCUCCAUCGAGUGGCCACGAUCUCUGUUGGAACAAAUAAAUAUAAUAUUAUUCACAUGUUCACCAUUAUAAUCAAAUAUUUGUUAAGGUAGUAUUAACAGUUCACUCAGAAACUGCUUUGUCUAAAUUGCUCUGGUUCUCUUUGACUCCAUAAACCAAACAACUUGCAUGCGUUUCCCCCUCUCCAUCUUUCAAUUUCUUUUUCUCCUUUUAUGUUUCUGCUCUUUUGACUUCUAUGUUAGAAGUAGGGCUUACAAGGUUACCAAAACACAAUUUAACUCGCAAACUCUUCAAUCUAAUGCAACUUUUGAAAGCAGUGUAGCAAGGACAAACACUAAAUCCAACCUGCAGCGCUCAGUACAACAAUGGCAUUCGUGAAAUACUUAUUGUACCAGAGGACACCUCAAACAUCAAUUUGGCUAUGAACAGGAGCACGUACAGGGACAUGUGGGUUAGAGUGAAGGGAGUGUCCGCUAAUCAAUAAAUCACAGAUGGCAUUGAUCCCUCAGGAGCCUCGGUGGAUAAUUAGAAUGAGCUUUUACUGGGUGGUUAAUGUACUUAGGUGGCCUCUGUGAAGGAAACACCAAAUGUAGAUUCAUGAUAUGCUUUCCUGGAACACCUGAAUGGUUCAGCAAAUGGCUGGUCCUUAUUGCACCAAAAGGUUGAGAGUUCAAUCCCUGCUACAGGCAGAUACUCCCUCUUUGCAGCACUGAAACCAAUCAAUGACUCCCACUGUUAGUAAUGUAAGAGACUCGGAGCUACGAGCCUUGGUUUGGAGAAACUAAACUUCUGGCUGGUGAACUGUUGGCAAAGUAUUUUCUGCUCAGCUCUCUCAUGACCAGAAGGCAUAGAGUUCAGUUCCCUCUAAAGAGAGGAGUCUUCUUGGCUGACAAAGUGCUCAUGGUAGCACAGCUCUGGUAACUGAAGUUGGUUGAUUUCAUGUAAUCUUUUUAGAAAUAAAAUAUGCAAAGAGUUUGGCACAAAUAACAUGAGUUAGCCUGCUGGGAUCAUUAAACUUGUACACAACUUGUUGUCCCAUGUACUAUCCAAAUCACUCAGGAUGUGGUGCUUUCCAUUAAUCCCUUUUCAAUGCUACAAGUUACUUAAAGAUAAAUAAGAUCUACACAAAAUACACAGUAUACUACCCGGGUACUAUUGUGUUCAGAUGAGAGUGUUUCUCUUAUUAAUUCAAUGAUCUGUAGCAGUGAUGUCAUUUUUCAGUUUAGUGGCUCUUCUGGUGAGGAUUUGAGUGGCUUCCUUGGAAACUUCAUGAAGUUCCCAAUACACUAUGAUUAUGGUUAAUAUGGUUAUGAUGAACAGAUAUAUUCAUGCAUGUUGAAAAUCUAUCAGGAACAAAAAAGACUAUGUUUCAUUUUCUAAUAAGAGUUAUAAGAAAAAAAAGCGUCAGAUUUGAAAACAGAAAUUUGACACUGAUGCAGCUUCUUCUACUCUGUUCUGUGCAAAGAUUUGCUGUGUGACAAAUGGGGCAGUAUGAACAUGACUGUAAAUAUGUGAGGGAUUUUUCCUUAUUAUGAAGUGAGGGGUACACGGAUAUUGAGUUUUUGUAGCAUUUUCUUCAUCGUUUAUGUUGAACUUUCCCUCUGAGAUGUAGUAGAACUAAUUAGAGGAGUAGCUCACACCGUUGUAUUUGUUGAGGACACAUGUACGAUGCUAGAGAGACUAGCUCAGACCCAGCGGCAUGGGCGGGCAUUGGAAGGCUGUGCCCGCCCACCGAGUCAGCUGUGCCAGCUCUGGACUAACAGCAAAACUUUCUAUUAAUUUGAUUUGGGGUUUGUUAUUUUCCAGCAGAGUAGUCAUCUUCAGUAAAAACCAUCUAUCUUGACAUGUCAAUCAAUCCAACCAAUCCAGUCGAUCGAAGGCAACGUGUUAGCCAAUUACAGGUAAAGGGGGGCGGGCCGCUUACCGAGUUUAAGUUCGAAUAUUCAUAGACGGACUCGGUGCGGCGGGAGAUGGAAGGCGGUAAGCAUCGAAAAAAUGGAUAUAAGAGGUUUUUUUGUUCGUCAAAAAAGGACGACAAACACUGACGGGAGCAAGCAGGAAGUAGCGGCAGUGCCACACAGCUCCAGUCUUAGGAAGUUAACUACCAAAGCCAGCUAAGGUCCCUAGCUGCUGUUGAAGUGGAAGUAGAGCUGUGUGGCCCUGCUCUCUGAAUGCCCCUGACCUCUGUUUUAUUGAUAAUAAACUAACACAGCACUACAGUCACUACUGUAUUUUGUUUGUUUUAUUUCUAUAUAUUUAAAGAUGAAAUGCCUCUUGUUACUGAGAGAAAAUAACAUUUCAACACUGUAGGAGUAGCCACGGAGCUGCCGUUAUGCCUGAAGCAGAUAAAAUAGAGGUUUAAAUAAGUGUGCCCCCCUGAAAAAAUGUAAUGCCCUCCCUCUCAUAUAUUCCUGCAGCCAGGUCUGGACUAGCUUGAUGGACAUAACAGCAACUUUGAGGUGGGGCAGGAGCUUUGUGAACACCUAUACAGAGGUGGUGCCAAUAUCAAUGGGAGAGUGAAAAACAGAAACGCUAACAAGGUUUAGGCCUGAGGAAUCUCACUGCAUCUCACAAGUAUGACAUGUUGGUAAUAUUUCACAGAUGAAGCAACACUUUUUUUUUAAAAGGAAGUUAGGCGUUUUACCUCCUGAUGUCAUUUGUAUGCCCUGGCACUGGUCUUGCUCUGUACUGCAGACAGCCAACACUCUCACACUGAGAGGAAAAAAAAAAAAGAUGUGUGACUUGCUCGCCUCUUUGCAAGCAAAUGACGAUAUGCUGAUAAGUUAAUUGCUGCCAUUACAUACCAAUAACCCAUGCACUCAUACUGUCACAAUGUCCAAGUGAAGAUAAAGCUUCUUUGUUGAAUGACAUUGAGACUGAACUUGACAGGCCUUCAAAGAGACAUACUAAUUGGAACACACACAGAGACAUACACAAGAAGAAAUUUACUCCAUCAGUCUAACUCCUCAAUAAUAACAACCUUUGCUUUAGCCACAUGUGGGGAAAUUGAUCAAAUGUUGCUUUUCUCUGUCAGACAGAGUGAUACUGUCCAGCAUACCAAAAAAAGACCUCCGGAGUGUUUUGUCUCUGUUAUUGAAAGUAGAUGGUCUUCUUGAUCUGCUGAUCAUGGUCAGCUGAGUUUCAUCUAAAACUCAAAUCAACAGCAUGUGGACUGAAGGUAUUUUUGAGAUAUUGUGUCGUGCUUGAAUGUGCACCACAGCUCUUGUAAAUGGGAGACACACUCAUCAAUUUUAAUCCAGUGGGAUAACAGCAGCUAUAACUUCAAAACUCCAGACACGCCAGCGGGAUCAGCCAGAAUUUAAUACUAAUACAAAAUGAAAUGUGUUUUCAACUCACCCAUAUGAUCCCACGCAGUAAAUCCAGCUUUAUACAAAGAGUUUUGACUGAAACACUGGCCCUCCUUUAUAAUUAAUAAUGAUGGUAAUGAUGAUGAGGACUCAACUUAAAUAAUGGGGCCUCAGACCAAACUCUGAUUCUUCUUUGGCAACUCAGAUUUGACCUGGAUUGGAACACCGAAGACUUGUCACUAUAGACUUCUAGUCUGAAUCAGGUCCAUGUUUAGGAUGCCAACUGUCCUCACAGCAAACCCUCUUUCAAUUCACUCCUUUACUGAGGCCAAUAACAACCAUGGCAGUUUUAUUUUGAUUGAACUGUGACGGAGAAAAUCUGUCCUCAACCGCAAUACCUCGGUACGUGACUGUGACUGUCAGAAGCUUUAAUUAGUGUCAUUUCAGUCCAGCUAAUGUGUUUCUUAAAAGUCCAGUUUCAGCCAGACUAAAGGUCCUAACACAACACGGCCGACACAAAUAUAGAACGCGGAAUUAUGGCCCCAUGGUAGCAAUUGAGCAUUUUUUCUACUUUUUUGUGCAUGGGAGAAUCAUUGAUUAUUAGUGUUGGGAUCUGCUAUCUGAAAACCCCACAACUCACUGUGACAGAAUCUAGUGCUGCUCCAGGAAAUCUGUUGUCUGCCAUUAAUUAUGUAUUUGCAGUGCAGUGACUGUGCGCUUUGUCCUGUGUUCUUUCUAACAGCCUUGCAGAAACAAAACAAUCUCUGGACUUGUUUGCUCAUCUGUGUGCGUGUGUGUGUGUGUCAGCAGGUGGGUGGUGUUGGUGCUGGUUAGAAUUUUGGCAAUCAGCCCGGGGCUUUAUGACUGCUUCAGCCCGCCAGUGAUGUAAGCCUCAGGUGGUUCACAGACCUCUAAGAGAGCACCUGAGGAGGAGCCUUUAUACGUACAUAAGGAGAGUUUAACCUCAGUUUCAUUUUAAUGACAAUGAAAGGGAGAAGGGCACAACAAUAUGACGCACGAGAUUUUUCACACAGCUCCCACCGAGAAAUGAGCAAAAGCAGACUCCUCCAGUAUUUCUGUGUUUAACCAACAAAAGGUUCACUAACCUGAUGAGCCAACUCACAAAACAAUUAGCAGCUUUUUUUAUAGAACCCUGAUGUGAGGAUUCGCAGCUAUAGCUGUGCUGCUAAUAAUAAAUCCUCCUCUACAUAGCGUUACUUGCCAGCAUAUCAAUUAGACUACAUUAAUACUGGCAUCAUUUAAUGAUAACCAUGUUGAAAACAGUCCAAUUAAAAAAAAAAGAGAAAACAAACAACUGCUAAUAGUCGCAUUUGAUGUGGGUAAAUGCACAAAGUCUCGUCAGGGAGUGAUAUCCAGUAUUAAAACAAUUCCUGUUAAAUUAAAACUGUCUGUAAACUAAACUUUGUAUUAUCCUAAUUAUUAGGUUUUGAGUCAGUUAAAGUCUUUGUGAUUAAACAACUGAAUGUGUGUAGAUAAGGAUGCUGAUCCUUUCCCCCCAUUUGUACAAACGGAGUCAAAAUGUUGCCAUUAUUGCCGCUGAGUUAUUGCACUGGUUAUGUGUUUUUUAGCCAUCUCAUGCACUGAAAUUAAUAUGCAGCAGCAGGAUUUACAUAAUGUCACUUUCUCUAAAUAAAACACGAGUUAGGCCCCCAAAGACUACUCAAGUAGACCUGCCAUAACACCAGUCAAGAACACCUAAAAGUUGCUGGGCAUCAUUUUAAGCUCAGAACAUUUGUGCUCAUGAUUACCCUAAUUUCAGCCAUUUUAGCUUUUGUCUGGAAUGUUUUGAUUUGGCUCCUUUUUUUUGCCCCAGUGAUAUAAAAUAGAGGUUGUGGGUCUUAGAUUUCACAGUUCUUUUUCUGUCACAAAUAACCCAAAAGUCAAGCCUUUCCAAAAGCAUCUGGGUGCCCAUUUAGCCCUCUACCUAGCCCUCCAUCUAAAACAUUCGCUGUCAUUACAUUAGCUUCUGUUAUAAUGUUACUUACAGAUUGUGGUUGUGAGCCUUUAAGGUCUUAACAAAGUCAGGUAUUAGCAACAGUUAAUAUGCAAAUCCAGCUUGUCCUGGCUUUUGUUCACAAAAAAGAUCACUCAGUGCGUUUACAUGCACAGCCUAAUCGGACUAAGCUCAUAAUUCGUUUUUUUUUGCCGAAUCAGACUUCUCUCCUUGUCCGCAUAGACAUGCAACUGAGAAAAUCGAAUUUUUGAUGUGAGCGUGUCCUCCUCCCCAAAACUAGGGGGCGAUAUGGGCCUUUUCAGCGGCGCUGUUUCCCGUUGAUCCAACAACAACAGCAGGUCUGUGCCAGGCGUCAGAAGUGGCUACAACUGCUGCUGAGUAUUUUCAAGCAAGAAGAUGGAGCAUCGUACAGCGUCGUUUUUGUCGAACAUGAUGUACGCGCUACUUUUUCUGCAGAUGAGAUGCACGCUACUCCUCUUCUCUGGUGUUUUUGUAUCAGAGUUACGGGGGAGUGGCGCAAGCGCACAUGCAUUGUCCAAUCAUUCUCCGACUACGCUGGUUACAUGGUAGAGAAAAUCGAAUUCCAAUUGCAUUAUCUGGGUGUCUUAAUCUGAGUUCUCCGACUCCAACCAGAGUUCCCAAACUCCGAUAAUAGCGGACUAAGGUGUUUACAUACACUUCAGUUGUCGGGUCUUAAUCGGAGUAAGGCAAUAAUUCUGUUUUCUCGAGUGUCACGUAAACGUACUGAGUGAAGUGGUGAGCGCAAACAGCUACAUCAUGGCUGUUAACCCAAAACAUCAAAACUUCUCACUAUUUUCAGGUGUCUUUGCUUCUGAAAACGUCAAUGAACUACUCCUUUAUUUGUGCCAUUCCUGGAACAAACAGUAGAAACAAUCUGGGAAAACUUGCCUCUUAGUUAAGAUACAGAGCUAUGACUGCAAAAAGACAACGAAUAAUGUAGUUUCUCCAUACAAGAUGAUUAAUAAUGUGCUUAAACAGACAAUCAUUGUGAAAUUAUUGCUUUGACUUUCCACACAUCUGUUGCUCUAGAUCUGAUGAUUAAUGAUGCAACUUUUUACAAAACAAAAAGUAUAAUUAAUUUAUUGCACAUCCACCUGUAACAUCAGACAGUGAUAGUCAUUAAACAUCAAAUGAGCAAUAAGGUUGACGCCACAGUGAUAAUUAUUCAUAUUCUUACAUCCAUGUGAGUAUACAAAGUGCUUUACUAACGAGAGGAAAUGAAAAGAUGUGAUAAUGAAAAAGGCAAAAGACCAGAUUUAUUAAAAGCAAUAAUGUUGAGAACACAGAGGCAAUUCUAAGUUUAGAAACAUACCCAAGGCUAUUGCACAUUACCUGAACUAAUGGUGCUGCACAAACAUUUCAUACCUCAAUGUUGUUUUUCUCGACCUAAUCGGUAUUGGUGGAUGGUGUUCAGGUUUCAUACCGUCAAUGGUGUCACAGUCCGCCAAAGUCUGCCGCAAUAUAGGUUUUGCAAUACUGUCAUCACCAGUUUCAACAUUAACUUUGUUUUUUUUUUGGUACACAGGCGUUAUGAGUUCACACCAACAAAGUCUCAAUGUUGGGUUAAAAGUGAUAAUGGUCGGUGCACAUCAGCAGCUGGCCUCCUGUUCUAUGUCAUAUUCGCACCAAACUAAAAUUAUUUUCUUCGUGUUACAUGUGAGCAUAACAUUAGAGGAGGUGUCAGUGUUUACAAUGUUAAUGCAUCAGGGCACAGCAGUCAGUUAAAAACUCACUCCGGUGAAAAUCAUAUGGUUCCUGUUGUCUAUAUGUUCAUAUGGUAUUUUUCUGAGGACAUAUCACAUACGGCAUAUCGUUUGAAAGCUGAAUAGCUCCUAUAUAACCUGCCGGAGCAGCGCUGUCGAAAAUAUAAAAAUCCACAAGAACUGAUUUUGAUGCUUCAAUUGAAAUUUUUCACUUCUGGUGGUGGGGUCAGUUUGUCCAUGCUUGCCCUUUUGGUCUUGACCUAAAAUCCUUUGUGCACACUUCAUCCUUACGGUGCGAUAGUCCUCUGACUUUCACUGAACUUUACUGCUUGAGGCCUGUCAAAGUGGUUGCCUAUAGAGGUUGAUUGCUGCCGUACAUUACUGAAUGCUCCUUUGACUCUAAACUCCCCGUCCAUUAGUGUUCACAUAUAAGGACUAAAAGUUGUUCUGAAAAAGGUAAUACAAUGAGACACACAUUACAAAUCAGCUUUUACUCAAAGGAGCCAAACAAACUAAUGAUGCUAGACUUCAGCAUGUCCGUCUUGCAGAAUUGAGCUCUUAGAUCAGACUGACACAGAUGCUUUGGCGUAGCAGAGAUUUCAGUCAUGGAUAACAACCAUCAUUCAGAUAAAAUCUUCACUUCCUGUACACAGCAGCUCUGCAUUGUGGGAUCAAUCCGUUUGUGAAUGUGAAAUUCUGAAAUAAGUGGAAAAUAAACAGAGAAAAGAGUGAAAUGAAGAUGUUGGAGGAGAAUAACAACAUCGUCUGAUCUGGCAAACGUUUGCUCUUGCCUUUUCCAAUGAAGAGUGAUUAGUAUGAGAUAUUUGUCAAUGUAAAUGCCUAAGGGGACAGAUGCAGUAUAAUAAAGAGGCUGUGACGAUUCAUCACAGCCACAUGCUGUAUUGUUAGUCUGGGAGCUGAGUGUCUGGUAAUGCUUUAUGCUGGCUGAGAGUGUAUAUCUCCUAUGCUGUGAUUUUGUCCAUGUUUGCAGGGGCAUGUAUAGACUUUUUUUGAUUCUGUGGGACUAACAGGGUCACUAUCAGAGGCAAGGGGGGAAGGAAGUGUGUGAACACAGACAAGAACCCAAUUCUUUUUUGAAAGGGCAGAUGUACUUGCUUACAAUACAAUACAAGAACAUUAUUGAUCCUGAAAGAGAAAUUCAUUCAUUCGUGCUUGAGGUUCUUGAAGACGUUUGGCCUUUCUUCAAAAAGGCUUCUUCAGUUGUAGAGUGACUGGGGCCAAAGUUGGAAAUUCAUAGCCUUUGUUGGUCAUCCAGCUGUUAAAGGGGUGUGUGGUCACCUGAGAGUUGUUAGCAAGGUAGUUGACCUGGUUUCCCUCCUGGGUCUCUUCAGGUUUGCCUGAUUUGCAUAGUGUUGAAGCCUGUGAUCCACAACGAAAGCGAAUCCAAGGCUGAAUUGUAAGUGGAGGAUAAGAAGUGUCUUAAACCGCCACCUCUUUUCAAGGAUGGUUUCUACAGUUUAACAAAGAUGGCUUCCUGUUUCUUUGGAACCAUUCCAAGCCACUGGUUUAGAUAUGUGGACGACACCUGGGUCAAGAUUACAUCCAGUGAAGUAGAAGCCUUUACCACUCACAUCCACUCUGUUGAAGACUACAUCAAGUUUAUGAGGAUGAGGAUGUAAAAAACAGACAAGCCUGGCCGUCUGGAUUGUGUAGUCCGGGUGGAGGAGGAAAGAAGCUUCCGUGAACUUAAAGAAACCCAAACACCUCUGGGAAGUCCUGAAAAAAUGUGGGUUCCCCAAGUAGGCCCUCAUCAAAUCUACAAAUAAACUGAAGACCAACCGGAGAUCACUCUUACCCCCAAUCUCCACAGCAUCCGGAACGGCUACGAAAAGGCGGCUCAUACUUCACACCAUGCAAACAGACAAGUGAAAAGUUUUCAGACAGCAUUUCACCCCGAUGACACCGUGGAUGGGGAAAUGCAGAUUCUAGAAGUCUAGAAGUAGAUUUCCUCCUCUGGCAGGACACAAUCUACUGCUUAUAUGGAUAUGUGGCUAUAGAGACAACUCGAUAUCACGCGAUUGCACGUGAAUUUGUAAGUUCUUGUAAGUUCUCAUGAUAAUGGCUACUGUUCCGGAUGUGGUGGAUAAUUGGAGGUUACUCCAACGAGUUACUGAUCUGCAUGUGUAACCCUCUUUUUUAUUUACUAUUUGAAAUUUUACUUUUCAAGUUUUGUGAACUCACUCAUGGAUCAACUGACUAAAACUGAAUGUAAAGUCUGUGUAACUACAACACAGUAAUAACUGCGGCAUCUGAUUCUAAUCAUAUGCACAUUAUGUACAAGGUUUUACCUCACAAUAUUGAGAGGUGGAACAGAUGAAUAAGGAGCUCGAAGUGUGCGUAAGUGUGACCUUCAGCUUUUCAGCCACUAGCUCACUUCAUGGUUCAAAACAGAUUUGCCUGCAAAAAAGCCAUUGUUUAAUUUGAAAGCUAUCACCACUGAUGAACAGCAUGGACCUUGUUUACCAUUUAACAAAAGCCAUCUCAUUAUUCACCUUUUGUUUUCUCUGGAGCACACUUGUAAGAAAUAAUAAUAACUUGAUCAUGACUAUAGGCUUGUAUACAGAUGAAUAGGCGCAUUCUGUGUAACCCGUUGUAUACUGUUUUGUUGUAUAAUAAUCUCCUCCAGUUAGGCCUCAUUUGUGUUACGUGGAUCAGCCUUCAACAAGCUAAUCACAAACGAUGUAAACGUGAUCUUCUUACAGCAGACAUUUCCGACUUGAUUUUUACGGAAAGUCAGUAAAGCUAGAGUCUGAUCUACCUUUGUGCACCGACUAUCUUUUAGGACAGGAAAAAUCUGCUGGAAACAUUGAAUAAGUGGCUAAAGAAUGUAAUGGACUUAAACUCACAUGGGAAUAUACCUCACUUCUUCAAGCUACCAACUGGAACUGCAUAAAAAUAGAUUAAUAGGUGAUCUAUAAAAGCAUUUUAUUCAUUUGUGUGUCAAGAUGCUCAGCUGUCAUCCGCAGUUAUCAAUCACACUUGAAUCAGUCAGUAAGGCAGUUUUUAUUACACAAACUCUGUCACUUCAGAGCCUCUAUGGUGCAGCUGAUAGGGGUUGUUUACUCCUGUUUGCUGAUGGGACUAGAGCGUCCUCUUUUAGUUAUUUUCUCCCUGCUUCUGAUGGUAUUUUUUAGUCUUUUGUUGCGUUUGUAUUUUGCAUUUCCAAGAGAUGUUUCUGUGUGACGAUCAAUAACUGUCACUUCUGACGUGCUAUAAAUAAAUAUUCAUUUGCGGUGGAAAAAUCUUUUGUAUCUGACUGAAUUGUUGUUUGAGGCAUUUUGCUUAUGCACGUGUAAAUCCUGAGUAAAGGCGUUAUGUAGAAUCCUUACAGGCAACUUUUAAAAGGAGCUUCUGCUGGAAAAGGAUCAAACAAGAGAUUUUUUUUCUAAGAAACUCAAAAACAUUAUGCGUAUCGUGUACAAGUUACCUGGCACAUUUUGAUGAUCAGGGUUAUUUUUUCUCUUACAAAACUUUGAAGCUAAAAUUACUGUGCUUUUCUCGUUCUCCAUGCUCUGUUUGUUUGAUGUUAACAUGGUGUAUGCUUGUUGAGCUGGCUUGACUUCAUUUUGAAUGCAGAUGGAUAUUUUCUUGUCUCAUUUUGCCAGAUCCAGUUCUCCUCUGCUUUGAUGUUGGAAAUUGCUAAUUUUGUGCCAUAAAAGCAAAUAAUGUUGUCUUUUACACAGUAUCAGAGAGCUACAGUUUUGAAAGAAAAUUACACUCCAUAUCUUUGCAAAGAUGAGUCAUACACUGGAAGCACAAUUCCUCUUCACUUGUGCAAGUAAUCUAAAUGUUCAGCUCUUAUAAAAUGCCUGAUAGUGCCAACAAUGGGUAUAGGACACUUAAAGAUAAUAUGAUGGACCUUAUCUUGUUGUCAGAAUCAUAGGGAGUAGGUCAAUACCUGCGGGAGAUCAAUACCAAUACAAUAAACUGUGAAAUUUUAUGACAGUGUGCCAGUCCUGACCCUUCACAUUUUGAUGAUUUGUGAGUAAUGUCACUGUUCUCUCAGUAAAUAGUUUGUUCGAGCUCUUUUUUUUUUUAACCCUCUAAUGUGUGAUAAAUGGGAAGGGAUGGGUUGUGGUACAUGUACAUUGAAUUUCCCCUCAAGGAUAAAUUAAGUUAAGAAAUGAAGUUCUUACUCUCAAAGUUACAAACAUUUAAAUACAGAAGAAUCAUGAGUUACAGUUAAAUAUGACUAUCUUACAAUUAAAGGUUAAAAAUAGUGGCGUAAGAAGCACAAUGAGGUUAGAAGGAAAUUAUGAGUUCAAGUAUAGAAGUGCUAGAAACAUCUGUUAGACCUGCAGUAAUUGGUUAUUGGCCAUUUUGGCACUGUAGAGCUGAACUGCGAAGGUAAACACAACUUUGUUAUUUAAUUAUCUUUUAAAGGUGGGGUAGGCAGGAUCUGAGGAAGUUCCAGUUUUGGGGAGAAAUCUUGAAUGUAAACUCUACCCCUCCCAACCAGUUUUCCCCUCAGCUCCUCCUCUCCCCUCCCUCUCUGCUCCAGCAAGCCCUGCCCAUAAAACAGACGCUCCUGCUCGCUCGUAUCGUUUCAAUUUAAUUCAGCUCUUCUUAGCUCUUGUCUGGUCUACCUCCGUUUUAAGCGCCCGUUAUUCCGUCAGAGUCUCCGGUACUUACUUUGUUUUAUUGCUUGCGUUUUCCGUACUUUCUGGUCGGUUUCUACUGUCCGAUGUUGUAGCACGCUAACUUUGUUUGGGCUCGUGAACGUUAUCGGAGGACGUGGCGCGUGCCUAACAACACGAGACAGCAGCGUCUGCCUCACAACCAACCAGGUUAAGGAAGGUGGAGAACGACUUUGUUUACAGUCAGAAAAAGGGGGCCACUCAAAAAUUUUAAAAUGUUGACUACACAGACAUAACAGAACACAGCGAUAUCGUUAUAUUACCAAAUGUCAUCAAUUACUAAUAGCUACUGACUGAUAUUAAAAGCUUUUUUGUAUAUAAACCACAAAAAAAAGAUGCUUCUUUAACGGAAUCCUGCCAACCCCACCUGUAAGUUGAUCUGUUAUCAAACCACUUGUAGUUCCUUAAUCAAAGAGGACAGAUCAGUGGAUGAAGCAGGUAAAAGAGGUUAGGGAUGUUGACAUGCAGGGAAGACUUGAUUCCACAGGUUGGAAUCAAGCCGAAAUGUCUCCUCUGGUCACUGGUCACACGACUUAGCCAUUCUGCCAAACCUGCACUCGGGUACUUUGGGGCAAUUCAGACCUCAACAGAGGGCUGUAUGUGGAGUCUAAAUAAGCAGAAGAAGUAUGUGCUGGAACUAGGAAUUUGACUCCAGUUUUCAGUGCCCUAAACCUAAAGGCAUGGGAAUAGACUGAUGUAACACCAGCAUUAAAUCACGAAAGUGCCAUGCAAUUAAGAGUGUGAAACUAGAUGAAUGAGCAGACACACCAAAGGCAUGAAGGAGCACAGCAAAGCAGGAAAACUGCAAUGCAACCUUGAGUUGGACCCAAAAGAGACAGAGUUACGACUUUUCUGCAAAAAACCGACACAAACAUAGAAGCAGUCACACAUUACUGCUAACAGCAGGUAAUGUGCAAGUCAUUUUCAUCAUUAAGCAGCUAAAGAGUCAGGACUCUGGAUUUGGAAAAUGUUAUUUACUGGACUUUGAUCAUCCAAUACAUGGUCAAAAAAUGUCAGUAACUGCAAAGCAUAGAUUAAAGGUGAGCAGAAGUGUAGAACUGAUUUAAUUUCUGAUCCAAAAAAUUAAUUACCAGAUAUUUGCUCAUCUACAGCAGGUAUUUUUGGCUAACAAAACCAAGUGAAGUAAUGCACAAUGCAUCCAAGGGUCAACUUUGGUUGUUGAUAUACAAUGAAACCAAUGCAGAGGUGCAAUAAACUGCAGAGUGUCCACUUGAGGCUGGCUCAAUAAGGCCAAGAAUCCUGAGUAACACCCGGGUCAAAAUGACAGCAUGGAUCUUAAACGUCUUUUCUGUUUUGUACACACCAUGCAGGGGUCAGUUAUAAAAGUAAAGCAUACAUGUACACGAUAAGUGGCCCUCCUCUGCUUCACCUGUGUCUGUUUAGGUUGACUAAAAGUUUGGCAACCUAGAAAGUGACAAGUUCAAGUCAGCAAAUGUAUUUUGACAACUGUCAUUUUUGUCUCAGAAAUCAGUGGGUGAUGUCACUGAGGCUAUACUCACGCUAAUGGUACACAAGUAGUGUUUAUAUACCGCUUUCUUUGGUCAUCUGACCACUCAAAGUGCUUUUCAAUUACAUGUCACAUUCACCCAUUCACACCAUAUUCAUGCACUGGUGGCAGAGACUGCUCUGGAAAGUGCUCAUUAGAUAUUGAGUAAGUUCAUUCACACACUGCUAGACACAGCCAGCAGAUGCAUGUGGGCUCAAGUGUCUUGCCCAAGGACACUUUGGCAUGUGGACUAUGGGACUUGAGAUUAAAUGCCCCACCUGACUCUACUGCUGCACUUAGCUGCAACUCGCAGGCCUAUAAAUACAGUCUACAUGUGCGUCUUCAAUUCAAUAUCUCAAAUUCCUUAUUAUUACAAGGUUGAAAAGAAAGUGUUUAAACAAUUGCAAAACACCGGACCAAAAUAGCGGUUUCUUCCGGGUGGGUCUGCCCACUCUAAUCCAACACUGAAUAUGAUUUACAAAUCUAAAGACCAUUGAAACAAAGGUGAUGCACAGUAAGUGCAUCGAUACAUUAUCAUUUAGCCCACUGCCUCUCUGAUUUGUAGGUAUGUGAGAGACUAACACUCCAGCCGACUUCAUUAAGUUUCAUUUUCCAUUUUAUCUCUCCUGAAGUGGACCAUUAAGUUCGUGCGUGAGGGUAACUGAUCAGCCAAUCUGUCCGUGAUUUAUGUGGCAGGGAAACUGAGGACUUUACUGAGCCUCAGAACACAUUGAUUACUGACAUGGUUAAUUGGCUAAACCCACUGGUACACUGAGACAGGCUUAUUGGAAAUGUCAAAUCAAGCGGCUCAUUUGCAUUCAUGAUGUAUGGUGUCUAUUCCAGCUUCUGCUCAGGCAGCACAAACUGACACACAUAGAAGGAAAGCAGAGAGGACCUGGGAUCUCUGCCUUGAAUUUGCAACUGACCAUCUGGCCUUCCAGGACAUUGGCAUUGGUCGGAUCUCUCUUUUUAUCCUGCUAGCAUCCACAUGUCUGUUUUGGAUGCACUUAGCUGACAUGUGCUGAAUGGUGUAGAAGAGCUUGUAUGAUUCCUGAUGUGAGCAAGAUGCAAUUCAGCUGAGGGCUCUGAGUACAGAUCCAGCCUCGAAAGAACAUGUAAUUGAUCGAACAGUGUCGGCAAAAUGGAAAAUAUGUUCGUUCUUUCUUCUUCUUCAGUGUGUGUGUGUGUGUGUGCAUGAGUGUGUGAUUUCAAGAUCAAAACAGUGCCGGAGAAAAUUUUGCCCCUGAAAUAUCUAAAGUGUAGGCAGAUUAAAGCAGCAUGAAAUUGAAAAUUUAGAUGUAAGCAGACAGAGUUAGGGGACAUUACUUUAGAGAAGAGAGGAGGUAUAAGUUUACACCGUCUGAAUCCUCUUUUCAUAUUGCCUGGCACAUUUACAAAUAUGUUGUUAGGAUAAGAGACGCACAAUCCCUCAGUAAAGCACACCGCAUAUCCCCAAAGAGGAAAAAAAAACAUUCUUGUGUAGCGAUGGCAGCAUUUUUGACUAGAAUAGACACAAACAUGACAAAGAAAACGUCUUGAAAUGCAAUGUAGUAAAAACAUAUCAAGAGAAACAAGUGCUCAACAAAUAAAAAUAUUCUGCAGUCUUUCUAGAAGCAUUAAAAUAAAACCAUAAACAUAACUGAGCAGAGACUGAAAGGAGGAGUGGCAGCUCUCUUAUAAAAAUUCAUCACCUCUACAGCCGUUAAAGUCAGCGAGGGUCUGUCUGUUAUAUAGCUCCUGAGCUCUUUGACAGAAACUGCUCCCGUGAAAUGUUACACAAUUUCAUCGUAGCACUUUACAUGUAUUUAUGUGUAUAAUUACGGUUUUAUAAAAGCCCUGUAUUCUGCGAAGGCCUUGCUCCUGAUGUGUACGUGAAGUUCAGAUUGUAAAAAGUGACUCUUCAUGAUUUUAAAUUGAACUUUGUCAUAAAGAAACUACGCAAAUAUGUCUCACGAGAAAUCUGAAGCCAUUUAGAGAAUAUUUUGACUAGACAAGGUUAAACAGGGAAAAGAUAACUGAUAUUCUGACUACUGAAUUUAUAAGUCUUGUACAAUACAUUUAUCCUGUGAAUUAUUAAGUAAGUGAUAGUAAUCAUGGCAAAAAAAGAAGAGCUUUGGGUGGGAGUCUUGCCUCAUCUGACAUGAUUCUAAAUAACUACCAUAUCACAUUACCCUGGUAAAGACAUAAAUAAGUUGACAUCAAAAUGGUUUAAAUAUGAUUUUUAUUGAUGUAAAAAAAAUAGUAUAAACUGGUUGAUUUCCGGAGCUGAUAACCGUCCUUGCAUGCCUGUUAUUCCACUUCUCUGACUCACUCUGUAGACUUUACUCAUGCUGUAUAAGUGACGCUGCACUCUGGACAAGGUUGGUCAGGUAUUCAGAAAGAGUGGUUUAGCAUUUCUAUGAGUCUGCCGCUUACUUUCUGGGUAUAGCACAUACUUAUUUAGCAUGCAUUCACAGUACAAAAUUUCACAACCCAAACUCUGAGAGGCUUAAGUAAGAAUACUUCAUGCAAGUCAGCCUUGAGGCUGUUCUCUCCGUGACAAAGCAACAAUUACUUGAACCUGCAGGCCACGUUAUAAGAGACUGGUUAGGUUAUCCUCUGUAAUUUUCAAAGCAGUUAUGAUCCGCUUAUAAGGUUCAACCAGGUGGAAAACAUUUCAAAGUCAAAAGACUACUUUUGUUCUGCUAAAGAGUUGCACAGAAAGACUAAUUUUGCUUUCCUAAAAGUUGAGCUGCUAUCAUGCAAAAAAAACAAAAUAUGCUGCCCUAUUAAUCAUGUCUCUAAUCCUUGGUGAUUAAAUCGGACCUCAAGAGAGAGGGUGCUGUUGUACUGAAUAUCUACAUGACUGUGAUUAAGUAAUAAGCCUGAUGCAAAGAUCAUGACAGCAGUACUGAUAUUCAGCAUAACUCUCAGAAGGGAUGGGAAUCGAGAACCGGUUCUUGUUGAGAACUGGUUCCAAAUGGUUCAAUCCAACGACAUCAUUUACAUUUUAUCUUGACGAUUCCCAAAACGAUUCCUUUCUUCCGGGUGCUUUGAAAAACAGUUUCGCGAGUGCCAGUUUACGCGAACAAGAACAGAGACAGAGAAAAAAAGCAUGGCGGACGGUAUGAAAAGUAGGCAGAAACGAUCUAAAGCGUAGCUUCAUUUUACUAAGAGAGAUGACAACACCGCGAUGUGCAACGUAUGUGGAGCAGUGACAUCAUGCAAAGGUGGAAACACCAGCAGCAUGCUUAAAUAUUUGACAACGAGGCACGGCAUCAAAUACAUACAUUUUUUUCUGUUAUCAGAGACUCGAUAAAAUUUUGAGUUAACAAUGAAAACCUAAAGUCUACCUUUUUUUUUUAAAUCAAAGAAAGGCAUUUAUAAGGAAAUCAUUAAAGAAUUGAAUCGAUAAAAUCUUAUCAAUUCCUAUCCCUAACUCUCGGUUAAUGUGGCGCACUUCAAGUCUGCUAACAUUUUCUUGUGUAAAAGCUUUAAGACAUAAAGAGUUCGUCACUCACACACUGAUAUCAUAAGUCGCCUUGCUGUCGUUUUGUCCAAACAUAACUUACAUUAAACAAAGUUUACUGUUGGUAAUAAGCCGUGAAGGUUUUACGCACACUUCAGUUUUGUUGGUCAUCACAUAGUCGCCUCACUUAUUUACCCAACAGCCUCCCAAGUACAUGUGCGUUGGGGAUGAUGAGAGACACAGCUGUGUCAGGAACACAGCUGUGCUAACAAGUGCUGUGUGUCAAAUAGUGACAUUGUAUGUUGGCGGCACUGUGUGAGAAUUACCAAAUGUUAGGAUGGAUCGCCCUUGAGUCUGUCAAAAUGAUGGACAGCCUGUCAUUUUUUUUUAAAUGCAUCAAAAAUUAACUCUUACUCUGAUGUUGAGUGUGAUACUGUUUUUAGACAACACCUCUACAGGCUAAUUAUUGAAAUGAUCAGUAAUUAACAAAGAGUUUUCUAUUUUCUACACAGCUGGUUCCACAUCUUGAUUGAAGCUGGACAGUUACCUAGCAACACACAGUUAAUAUAUGUAUUUAUACAUGUAGCCACCACCCAGCUACUACCAUUCAAAGGUGUGUUUAUGUAUUAUCGAUGAGGUGAAAUAUUGAUCUAAUUAUAGUUGUUUUGUCAUGUUUUUUGGCAUUAGGGCAAAACUGAUCCUGUAAUACUGCUGAUAGAGACAUUUCAGUAAAUAUCCCUGCUUCUGUACUCCAUAUCAGCUUUUUUUAAUGAGUUACUUGUUUGGAGCUGACUGUUAAGUAAUUCUUCCUUAUCCUUGAAACAGUGUGGGGCAAAAACUCAUUCCUUUGAUACCUCGUCAUUGAACUGAAGAUGCCUGAUGGAAGUUUUUGAAGCAGAACAAAUCCCCUUAUCUUUCUACUCCAUGUUUUGGUUUGAUCUCCUCUCUUACAGCGCUGUUAGAGGUCAUACUGGCUGGGAGAGACUGCUUGGUGGCCGGAGACUCAUGCUCGAGUGAUGAGACUUGCAGUCCACGUCUGCGAACUUUGCGGCAGUGUGUGGCCGGCAAUGGCAGCAUGAAGCUCGGUCCUGGUGCCAGGAGUCAGUGUGCCAACGCAGUGUCAGCCCUGCUGUCCAGCCCCUUACAUGGCUGCCAGUGCAAACGAGGCAUGAAGAAGGAGAAGAAUUGCCUUAGCAUCUACUGGAGCCUCCAUCAGUCCAUCAUACACGGUCAGUUCAUACUGAAAAAGCUGCAAAAAAGCUUUAACUGCCCAUAAAUCUUACAAAUCUAAUCUUGUUCUCAUCUUAUUCCAAAAUCAUUGAAUACGGAUCAUUUGUUGUGACAUUGUUCAAGAUCCAAAUAAAUAUUUUCCACCUCUUUCUUCCUUUUUUCUAGGGCUCAAACUGGUGGAGAAUUAUCCCUACGAGACAGUGCAGAAGGAUUACGACUAUGUCCGCUUAGCCUCUAUCACUGCAGGCAAGUUUACCCAUUUCAUCAACCUUCACUUAUUUCAAACAUUCUUACCUUUUUAUGCACCUGUCAACUGAUUUUCCCAGGAAGUACACCCAACACCAAAAGAGGUCCUCCUCCCUUCUCUAAAGUUUAACCCCAGUAUCCAGGAAGACACAGUUUCUUUCAUGUUGUUAAAAAAAUGCCAUCGCUCAUUUUCCAGAUAGUUUUAUCACAUAAUCUAUGACUAUCAGAGAAAAUCAAUCCAGCUGGGGCUGAAACAAUCCCUCCAACAAUUUCAACUUUGGUACUAAAACGCCUCAUGAAAAGUUAUUUGCUUGAAGACCAAGUUAAAAUCAGGACAGCUACACUGUUCACAAUGUGCAUAUGAUGGUUAUUCCUGUGGAUCAAUGCCCGAGAUUCUUCUGUGGGUGUAAUGUGGAUCCAAUGUGCAGAUUCAAAUCAGGGAGAACAAGAAUAAAGAAGAUAAUAGAGCACCCCAGCAGAAAGUUACGAUAAAAGAGAAACAUAAUGAAGUGCGUCUGAAAAACUGACAAAAGAACUUUCCCACUGCGCAAUGCGACGUCGAAAAGACAUCUAUUCAACGUAUUUUUUCGACGAUGAGAUACAAAUGUGGAUGUCAUUUCAACGUCUAAAAGAGGUCCAACAAUGACGUCUAAAUCUUGGAUCCAUUUUGUACGUUGUGCUGACAUCUAGAUUUGGUCUUCAGAUGACGUCCAAAUUCUAAACGUCAGAGCGACGUCUAAAAAAGGUCCAAUUUGGACGUCGACAUUUAGAUGUGGUCUUUGACGGACCGACCCAAUAUUGACUUGAUCUGCACGUCUCUUUGACAUCUGAUGUUUGGUGGGUUGUUGACAUUGCAAAACCUCAACUGGAACCAUCCAGUGUUUGCAUGGAGUCCACCGAGUGAACCAGGAUUUUGAUUUUAAAUGUGACCCUGCAAAUUUGCAAUUCUACAUGAAUGCAUCAGUGUUCUCUGACAGGGGAAUUAUGCUUUUCCAUUUUUACAAUAAAAAACGCAAAGUUACGAUGUUUGGUGUCCAUACUAAGGGUAUGCAAAUGUUCCAAUUGUGAGGUAAAUGUAUGUUGUCAUAAUCCUAGGAUAGUGAUGUAGACUGCUCAAAAUGGUUUGUUGGGAAAUCACACGAGAUCUCACAGAACAGUCAAUAAAAACUAACAAGGUCAUUGCAUUAUGCUCUCCUUACUGGUUCAUCUAAGCUUCCGGCACAGCAGCUAAAGCAAAGCGUUUCAGAUGGAGGCUGAAAUAAUGGUAUUUUAUUACACCAACACAACACAAGACUUUUCUUUCUAUCCCAAAUCAUAUGAAGCUCUUAAAGAGGUUUCAGACAGAAAGUGUAGAGUCUAAAAAAAGCACAAUUCCCCUUCCUUAAAGUCUUUUUAAACUAUGACCCCACUGAUGCCUCUACUUAAAGUUAAAAGGAUCUCAGUGGACAGAAAUUACACCACACCACUGAUAUGUUAUCGCACUGAUGAGCCAUAACACUAUGAACACCUGAGCAAGCUCAUGUAACAACAGGCCAAAAAUAUAUAUGUAAUAAAAAAAAUUCCUGAGCACUCAGAUUUCUUAUUCAAUUACUCUAUUAAUGAACGGUGGAAACAAUUUAAUAAUGGAUUAGUAAAAUGAAUGAUUACCGCAGCCCUAAUUCUCACAUUGCUCAACUGCAGCAAAAAGCUAAAGGGAAUAUUCAUUUUCACAGAACUGAUUACAGCGAGACAACCUCUGAGAAGAAUAUACAUUUUGGAUAUAAAUUGCAAAAAGUAUUUCAAAAGUUUUUCUUUUUUGCUUUUUUUCCCCGUGUUUCAUUAAAAUAUUGAUGAUUGGGCAGAUGAGGAGAAUCUCCCCCUGCUUACCGACCAAUAUGAACUUGUUUUGAGUGUCAGCCACAAGAUAAAUAAUAAUGCAUCAGAUUUCAUACAGCGCUUUAUCAGAGACCCUCAAAGCGCUUUACAUUGGAUACAUCAUCCAUUCGCUCACACAGUCACACCCUGGUGGUGGUAAACUUCCUUAGUAGUCACAGCUGCCCUGGGGCAGACUGACGGAAACAUGGCUGCCACCACCACACAACACUCACAAUCAUACACCAGUGGAGGACACACACUGGGAACAAGGUGGGUUAAGUGUCUUGCCCAAGGACACAACGGACAGACUUGGGAUAGAGGGGAAUCGAACCGCCAACCUUCCAGUUAUUGGACGACCGCUCUACCUCCUGAGCUACUGCCACCCUUAAAGCACCUAAAGUUCUGCAAACAUUCACAGAAACACUUCUCUGACAUGUUUCCUCUGACGUGUUAGCCAAGGAGCAACACUUCAUGUUUACUUUGGAUCUUUCUGUGCACCACGAAUAUAACAGGCUAAUUAAAAUAUGGUAAAAGAAAAAAAAAGAUAAAUCCUUGAGAGCAGAGGUGUAGGUGAGACAGCUUAUGAUGAAUGGAUGAAGGUAGUUUUUUCAACAAACAGUAAGAUAAAGAAAGAAAAAUAAAGCAGUGAUAUAUUGCUGUUCUGGAGUCCCUGUAUUGGGCUGUGCUGGAUGAUCAAAAUCUCUGUAAUAAUCAAUACCAUACAUUAGGAAUCACUGCACAUGGCUUACUCUAGCAGUAGAUGGAAUUUGCAUCAUCAUAAUAGAACAAGACGGUGAAUAAGGUGAGACCUCAACUCAUUCAUGCUUGUUUGUUUGUCUUGACUCCAUUAAUCCUCCGCGUCAUAUUUCAUGAGAUCCCACAGCUCCGAGGGAAAACCGCUGACUCAUUGCUAAAGCAAACAGUUUAAAGAGGGCAGCCUGUUACUGCUCGUUACCAAGGCAACAUGUAAACAACGGGGUUCAUUCAGAAACUGCCACAUCGAGGACAUCGAGGCUUCCCAGGGUCUGUAGCAAGAUUAGAUUCACACAAGCAAAAUUAGCAACACUCAUCUUCUGGUGGUGACGGCGAAUAUUCACUGAAGUGAUUAUUUUUUCUUUUAAUCAGUGUCUGUAUUUCCCUCUCAUGCUCCAGUGCAUAACUCAAUAAACACAGCAGUCAGAGACGUCGGAGGAAAAAGUUAUCACCAGGGAACAAAAUGACUCAUCUAUUGCGUCAGAGUAAUAUAUGAUAGCUACAAUAAUCAAUAACAGGUGACACAGGGUGCUGCAACACAUAUUAUUAAAGUGGGAGUGAACUUUUGUUGAGAAGCUCUCACAUUGACACUUUCUGAGGUUAUAUAAACCAGUUUCCAGGGUUUGAUAAAAACCAGCUCUGACUGCGUGAACUAUUCUUUAUAAUAUACGAAAUAACCUUGUAAUAAAGGAAAUGGAGUCAUAGCAAAAGUACCAAAGUAUUGAUGCACAUUUGAUGGACAAGUGAAGGACAGUGAAGGACCUGCAACACAGCGGACAGACGCCGCUCUAACUGUGGAAUAAAGAAGUCAAUAGAUCACUCAACAAACAAUGGCAUCGCUGACGGGUUUUCGAGCGAGGUCAAUUUGUAAUUUCUUUGCAGACAUUUCUCUUAUAAGAAAAGUAAUAAGCAAAUUGGUUUUCUUUUGCAGAAAAAACCAGGAACAAAUCAACUUUUGAUGCAAAACAGGUGGAAAUUGUCACAAACAAAGUCGUUUCAAGAAAAGAUCAAAACACUGAAAUCGGAGCAGAAUUUAUUCCCAAUUGAAUUUUACUUCAAAUUCAAGUUUUGAUUGAAGUCAAAAGCUGGUUAUUGCCAUUUGCAGUUCUACUAUGGAGGCUAAUGAAUAUUAAUUAAAAGGAUAAAGACCUGUUAUAAAACUGUAAACAAGAAAUUCAGUAGUUAUGGCCUUGAAAUGAUCUCUUUUAUAGCAAAACAACAGACCUUACUCCUCUCCUGAAACUCAUUUUGUGAUCCUGGUACUUAGGAAAACAUCACCUAUUAAUUUCCACACAACCUCAUUGAGAGGUCUUUAACUCCAGAUUAGUUUACAAAACAUUUGAGUGUUUUGCAAGUUAAAAGUCCGCUAUAAAUCACAUAAACAGACCAGAUGUGCUCCGUAUCCUAUAGACAUGACCCUCUAUUGCUCCGCUGCUAUUUUUUGACUACUUUAUUUCUCCCAUCGACAGAUUCUGAUGUUGGCAUGACAACUGUGAACCGCUGCCUGGAUGCAGCGAAGGCUUGCAACGUGGAUGACUUGUGCCAAAAGCUACGCACAGAAUAUGUCUCUGCUUGUAUCAAACCCACUGCCAAGUCUGGCCUGUGCAACCGGCCAAAGUGCAACAAGGCCCUGCGCAGGUUCUUUGACCGAGUCCCUGCAGACUACACCCAUGAACUGCUCUUCUGCCCGUGCACGGAUACAGCUUGUGCAGAGCGUAGGAGGCAGACUAUCGUACCCAGCUGCUCUUAUGAAAGUGGGGAAAAACCAAACUGCAUAACGCAGAUGAGGAUCUGCAAUGCUGACUAUGUGUGCAGGUAAGAACUGACCUCAACAGAAGGCUUAUAAUUGCUUCCCAUUUAUUUCAGUGUGUGCCUUUCUCUCUACUUUAAAGCAUAUUAAAGUUAUUACUCACAGAGAUACGGUCUCUUAUGCGUAAAAUAACAUAUCGCUAAAGUAUGAUCCGCAUUUUUGUGUGCCUAAUGAUCCAGCUCUUUUCUCAAGGUAUAGCACAUCCACAAAGCCAAUGUUUCAUCGUUCCCGGCAUGUUUAAGUAUUCCUUGGAUAUAGAUUUUACAUAAACUCACCUUACCCAUUUUGGGCCAGACUUGUUCGGUAUUAGGUCCCUUUGAAACCAAAUAAACAGCCAUUCAAUCAGCAAAAUGGCCCGCUGUUUUACCCUAAAGCUUUCUACCACCAUUGGUUAGAACACCCCAGAGAGCCUGUUGGAAUAACACAUUAAAUAUUUAGCGCAGAUAAAGAGCCAGAUGGAUCAGAGUUAUCGCUCAUUGCUAUCUCUGGUCAUGGCCAUUAUUUUUCACAGCCCCAUUACACUCAGAGGGCUUUACUAAUGAUCCCAGGUCUGGGGGAUGAAAUAUAUUACUCUUUCUAUCACUUUCACAUUACAGUCCAAUGCUUUCAGUCUUAACCAGUGGCAACAAUAUUUCUUUAUGUCAGAGGGAAACUCUUCAUUAAAUGAAAAGUUACAUUAGACAGGAUGCAUAUAAAAGAACCGGAUAACUUUUACAUUUAACAGUACCAGGGUGUGUUUGUUUGUCUCACCAGUUGUUGCUUGUUGUUUCUGUAGGUCUCGACUGGCACAGUUUCAGUACGACUGUGAACCCUCUGAAAUGUCUGCCAAUGGCUGCAAGCAAGGAAACUACGGGGCCUGUCUCCUCGCCUACACAGGACUCAUAGGUAUGUGCACACCUGAGAGGUAUCAGCAAGGAAAGAAACAGAAAGACAAAAAGGAAAUGAAAUGAGGUGUUGGAGAAGGGAAGAGGAAGUAUGCAUAUGAGCCAUAUGCUGUUUUAGUGAAGGAUAAGGUAAAUCAUGCAGUGGCAACAAAAAAAAAAAGAGUGAAAGCUCGCUGCAGGAUGAAUUAAUAAAUACAGAACAGGUAGGAAAUGAGUGGGAGAGAAGAGGAAAACUCCACAAUCCAAACUUAAGUCAAAAGUUCAGAAUAAAGCAGAACAAAUCUUAUAUUACAGAAAAACAGCGCUUCUUUACAGAAGUUUUAAUUUGUUUUUUUUUCACAGUCUAUAAAAAAAAAAGAAUAACAGCCACUUCUUUUCCACACACUGAAGAGGACCUAAUGCAUUUCAAGAACCUCCAAUGGUGCCCUCAGCGCAAACACACUUGGCAUUUUCAUUCUUGUCUUGUAUUUAUUUAAGCACUUGAAACCCUCCACUAUGAUUAAGAAAAAGGCGCUGAAAGAAAACUCUACACCAGAGACUGCUGUGACCUAAAGAAGGUAUGGCGGUCGGGUGUUUGUCAGAAUUUCCUCAUAUCAUCAUAUAAGCUGGUGCACAUUCGGUCUAUCCAGCAAAUGAUCCGCCCUGUGCUGUGGGUCAGCAUGAAGGAAAUGCAUCAUCCAUUAAUGUCUCAGAUUAUAAAGCACUAUGGAUUCAGUGUAACAGCUCAAAGGUGAAUGAAUAUUUAAUACUGACUGAGGCCUGCUGUGGGCUCUCUGCAGGAAGCACAAUCACUCCAAACUAUGUUGACAACUCUACAUCCAGCGUGGCUCCAUGGUGCUCCUGCUCGGCCAGUGGAAGCCGGAAAGAAGAGUGUGAUACCUUUCUGGGAUACUUCACUGACAACAUCUGUCUCCGUGAGUACCACUCGAACCCAAACAACACGCAGGAGUAAAAGAAGAUUGACUUAAACAUUGUCUUUUCAACCAAUAAAAGAAGAUUGACUUAAACAUUGUUGUUUCAACCAGUAAAAGAAGAUUGACUUAAACAUUGUCUAUUUAACCAGUAAAUGAAGAUUGACUUAAACAUUGUCUAUUUAACCAGUAAAAGAAGAUUGACUUAAACAUUGUCUAUUUAACCAGUAAAAGAAGAUUGACUUAAACAUUGUGUAUUUAACCAGUAAAGGAAGAUUAACUUAAAGAUUGUCUUUUUAACCUUUAAAAGAAGAUUGACUUUAACGUUGUUGUUUCAACCAGUAAAAGAAGAUUGACUUAAACAUUGUCGUUUUAACGAAUGCUUUGCAGGUUAAGGGAAAGAGUUGGACAUUGUUGUGUUAUCCCAGGUAUUUUUGUAGCCAUGUCUUAGUCACUGACAAUUGUAAGCAACCAAAUCUCUUUUCAGGGAACUAUAAUAGAGUGUAUAAGUACAUGAUUUCUAUUUAGCUCCAAGGACGCAAACUGCUCCUUCAGGCUGCAAAAAAUUUACAGAUUAUCUUGAAUCACAGUUACAGCGAUUGUUGGAUCAAGUUUUUAGAUCAUAAUUUUAUCCUUAUUAAAUCUAUAUUGUUCAGUUUUGGGUUUAAAAUCAAGCUGUAGAUGUGUACCCAACUUCUUAGCAGUAAUUUGUUAGCAUGCACAAUCUGAUAUUCAAUAAAAGUAGCAUUUGGACCCUCCUUAUUCCAAUGUGAAUAUAGCAGCAAACUAUUAAGACUCAUGAUCUUCAAAAUGACAUAUAUCUAUGUAAACAAAUUUUGUAUGUAAAGAAAUUAAAAUAAGUUCUGCAAGAGAAGACAGAUAUAAUGGGAUUCAAUCAACCAGAUGUUUCCCAGCAUGCCCAAACAGCAGCAGAGCAAUCUGUUCGGAACACAAAUCCUAUACUUGUAAAUAGGAAUGUACUUUCUUCUUGGUCUGUCGUCUUUCCUCUCUCUCUCUCUGUCCCUACUUCACUCCCUCCCAUUCACUCUCUCACCUCAUUGUCCACAGUUAUUAAUCAACCCCUACAUGCUGUUUCCUUGGUAAUUUUAACCAGGUGUUCAGACCAAUACUUAUCAGACAAUUACAAGUGAGCUGGAUCUUAUGAUUAUUAUGUACUUUUCUACAUAAAUGCAGGAAAUGUGAAGAGUUUGUUCUUCAAGACUUCUUUCAGAAAACUUAAGAUAUUCAAAUACAUACGAACAUUUCUCAAUACUUCAGUCCUUGAAUGAACUUUUGCUCGUGUUUCAUAGACUGAGGAAAAUAUUGCUAGGCCGUUUUUCUCAGAAAACCCUGUACUGUCCUCCAAGCACAUUUGAAUUCUUUUAUACUUUGCAUGCACACAUAUUAAGCUGUGCUGUGUGGGCUAAUGUCACUGCUCUCUGAGAACAAACACAAACUGGUAAUCACAGACAACAGUCUCUGUCUUGCCAUAACAAAAGAAGGUGCUAAAUGUGAACUUCCACAUAUCUGCGCUUCGAGUCACAUCAGAGUAACCUUCAAGCAAAGCCAACGUGACAGUGUGGGUUUAUUAUGUCGAUUAGCUUAAAUUUAUCCAUGAACUCAAAACAUGAAGUUCAGCUGAUGCUGCUAAGGAGGUCACAUUUUCAGACAAGCUAUUGAUUGGAUAGUCAGGUGGAUUACAAAAUACUACUGGUGAUAUUCCCAUUGAAUUUGGUAAUUAACUGUACCAUGAUCUAGAUCCUACCCACUAACAUGGUAAAGUACGAACCCAAAGUAUCCAAAGCUAAGACAAGUCAGUGUUCAACUUAAAGGGAUGUUCUGGAGUAAAAUUAAUUUACGGUUAAAAACAUCGUAACACUGAGUCAGACACCCCCUCGAGAGAUGAAUGUUGCCGACCGCUUGCUUCUCUAGUUAUACCAACUUUCGUAACGACCGCACAAUAGCAAUACACAGUCUAAAGAGCCACACCCAAACCUCAACCGAAAGCGUCUCAGUCUGAUUGCAUUUCCAUGAAAAAAUGAUCAUAAAUGUUCUUAAUUGAGCUGCGUCACCUCGCUGCAGUCUAUAAUGGACUGGUCCGAAGUCUCACUACAAACAAGCGGUUGCUGGAAGGGAGUGAGUGAGUUGUGUUUAGUCUCUUUGCUAAAGAAAUUAGGCAAAGUUAAAAAGAUGUUUAUUCUCUAAUACUAUACCUGGGACCCUAUAUGUACUGUUGAUGAAGUUAGGUGCUGUUCUGAGCGUUAUUUGUGGUUAUAGAGUGACGUUCUGGUUGAGGUUUGUUUAUGGCUCCUCAGACCGCUGUGUAUUGCUAUCGUGCGGUCGUUACUAAAGUUGGUAUAACUAGAGAAGCAAGCGGUCGGCAACAUUCAUCUCUCGAGGGGGUGUCUAACUCUGUGUUACAGUGUGUUUGACCCUAAAUUAAUUUUACACUGGAAUAUCCCUUUAAUAGAUUGAUGGGACUGAAUGAAAUGUCAGAGAAUCCAAACACAUCUUUCAACAAGGAUACCAUGACAUCAAAUCAGAUUUCACAGCAAUCUAUCAAACAGUAAUCUAUUCACUCAAACUCACAAAUAUCAAAGUUGUGCUGAGUGAUUCACAUCAGUCAAUCACCUGCUGACCAUAAAUAACACACCGCAUUUAAUAAAUAACCCAUCCAGUGAUUUUUGUUUUUUUUACAUUCUUCAUCUGGACUAGAGGGAUUAACCAAAUAGCUAACAGAUUUUCAUCUCUAGAGCCACAUAAAAAAAAGGGCUCAAAAUACCCACAAGCACACAAAUGAUUGGCUCAGCUGGACUGAUCAAAAUAUCUUCAAUGACAAAAAUAGGACCAUAUAGAGGAUUUUAAUCAGCAUGUUGAACACUUUACAUCCCAGAUGGUUAACUGGGCAAUUUAGAGUAAUGACAGACAGCAGCAGUAUAUAAAUUGAGUUAUAUAAAUAAGCGACACAAUAACACUGAAUAAAGGUGAGCUCAUAACAUAGUACAUAAUUUUACACCAGUGUCUUGUAAUUUACUGCGUCCUCCAGAACAGAGUCCUGUUACCUAAUGGUAAUUUUCAUCCUAAGUCCACAUUUCUCUUACGACCUCUGCUCAGCUGCUGAAUAAUUAAUGGUCCUUAUUAUUGACCUCAGCGGGAAGACAUCUAUCACUGAACCUGUACACACUAUGAGAAUCUUUGCUUGGUAUGUGCACCGAGGUGAAUCUCUGGCCAGUCUUUCCUCGGGCCCCCUGCCUAGAAAAGAUACAGAGCGAGGUCUCAGAGUUGUUUGGCCAGUGCAAAUGGUCCAUGAGUUAAUGAGGUCGAUGUGGAGAGGCAGGUGCAGUUUGGAUACUUGAAGAGAAUACUGAGUAUUUUCUGUUUUCUUUUCUCUGUGUCUCUCUCGGCUCUGCUGUCCAAAUCCAGACUAGCUCUGACCCAGCAAAAGCUCUCAUGCAAAAUGUAUUACUCAGAACUGGAGGGGGAUCUGCUGUGAUUGAACGGGGACAUAAAGAAAUUCUAUGAAAAUGCAUGGUAUCAAGACCAUGUGACUGAAGUUUUUUCUUUCCACUGCAUGUCUUAUAUUUCAGAGAAUGCUCUCAUGACGUUUGGAAGUGAAUCAGAACAGCAGCCGUCUGUCAGCCAGCCCAGUUCACCCAGCCCCAGCUCCAGCAGCAAGGAAAACAGGAGCACCACCGCUUUCCCACAAGAGACGUUAGAAACCAUGAGGAAUAUUCUGGACACUAUCAUACCAACACAGGUGUGUGAUCUGUGGUCCAGUCAGACAUCGAGCAGUGAAUAAUAUCUAGGAAUAUUUUUUCAUAUGUGAGUUAUUCAUAUUUGAAUAGCAUGUAUCGGUACACAAGAGGAGAGUAACAUUUGUAUGAAGUAUUUUCUGUUGUGGCAUAUUCUUUCAGUACUAUACAUACAUUUUCCCAUUUUGCGAUGAUGACUUCAAUUAUUUGUCUUUUCUUUUUGACUCAGUUGCAUGCAUACAACCCGAAUCAUAUCAGGAUCAUGUUGUUUUCCAAGUCAACCGAGACAAUUUCAACUCAGACCAGACCAGAGCAGUCACAAUACCAACAUUUUGAGCUUUGCAAAGAUACCAGAAAAAAAAAAUAUAAUCAGACAACAAAUAGUUGCUUCAAUACCAAGGUGGGCAAAAAAUGAAAUUCUGGAACACAAAAUUGAUUCAUUUUGUCACUUUCGAUUUUCAACCUGCUCCCUGUGCCCGCACAAUAACAGUCCGUAAAGAAAGAACAUUUGACAAACACUUUUAAGAAAUGAAAGGCAAAUAAAUAUGAUUUUUUUGUCUUCAAAUAGUACAUAUAAACUCUAAACAAAAUAUUCAAUAUAUGACUUAUAAAUAACAUUUCAGUGGAGAACAUAGUGUGCUUUCUAAGAUAAGAUUCUGUCUCUAUUGCCCAUCUUUGACAUUGCAGUUUCAGUCUUUUCUUUGACAGACAAAAAAUGAAAUGGUGGACAUUUUUGUGAGACACCAAAGGGAGUUAACAAAACAUCCUAAUUUACCAGCCUGGGGAACUUAGAAAAGUUAAAGGCAAGAGGAAAUGUGACUUCAGCUGAAGAAAAAAGCCAGUUGACGAUUCCAACAAUACUUGCAACACUGUUCACAGAAAAAUCAAUGACUGUCCAAUGGGACACCUUCUUUAACUCUUUCCUUUGGCGCCUCAUUAAAUUUGACCCAGGUCCUAAGGUUUGGGUAAUAGCUGAUAGUGAGUAACCCUCCCAUUACCAAUGUAAUAAGUAAUACUCAUUGGUGGAAGAUCACUCUAAUUGCUGUACUGCUUUACUCUCUACCUCUGUCUGUUACUGUCGGAUAAUAACUCAAACCUGUUGAUUUUUUCACUUAAAUGUGCUGUUUGGUUGGUGUGUUGACUGGCAUGUACUCAACGAUCCCAGAUACAUAGACAGUAUAUGUACUGCUUAUAUAUGUAAGCAGCUUCUCUGAUACUACUAUGUUACUGGUAUUGGUAUCGAUGUCAACAACUGCAUUGGCGAGUCAAAAGAGAUUAUCUUCACCUCUUUUAAAGACAACCGUAAAACCAUUGGUGUCUCGUACCUCUACACAUGGUGCCCCCUGUGGAAAUGUGGCUGGAGUUUUUGACUUAUGCCAAACAAUAUUGUCAAUAUUGACUUUUUACUUUCUAACUCCCCCAAGUUUUCCUUAACAUAAACAGUCAGAAAGAGGUGUACAAGUGAGGCCACCGUUUGUGAAAAAUGAUACAGGACUAUCUGAAAAGGUGCAGUCGUAAACUGAUCUUUUUGUCUCCUCUCAGGCUCUGGGAAAUGAACUACUCGUGGGCCAGUCCACCCUGCCAUCCAACAGCCUCCCAAGCUCUGCAUCGCCUUCCAGCCAAAUGCUUCAAGCUGCCUUCAGCCUUCUGUUGUUGCUCCUUCAUCUGCUUAACAAUGGACACUAAAGACUGCAGGGGUGCGUGCCGAGGACCCUCCCAGCACCGAGCAGAUGGGAGGAUCGGUGCAGUUCACAGGAAAAAUGGACCGUGUGGCAUUCCCCCUCUCUCUAAAUAUGUACAGCAACUCUGUUUUUCUAUUUUUGUGUCUAAGUGGUCCAGUUCCACCUGCCAGUGCUCUCUCACAGUGUGGGAGACUCCUGCAGACAGAAGCCAGUCUGUACAUUUGUACAUUAUUGUUGCGAUCAAGCAGAAGUGAAUUCAGAGUGCAGCUUCUGUGGACUAACCCGGCUCUUAGCUUUCAAAUUGUAACUAUUCUAAAGAGAUAUAAUUAAAAUAUACCCGUAUAUGUAUGUAUGAUACAUAGGCAUAAAGUGUGUCAGUACCUGUGAAGGUUUAUCAACAGAAGCUCUUAUUUCAAAUAUUCUGAGGGGAAAGGGUCAAAGUAAACCUUUGAACUGAGCUUUGCACUCAGGCGCAAAGUGAUUGGAAAGCUGCUGAAGCAUGUGGGGCUCUAAUACCACUCUUCUUCAGUGACUGAAAGAGGACUAUUAUUUCUGAUCAAUACUGAAAUAGAGGAGACACGAAGAGACAAUAGUGCUGCAUUUUGCUCAGACAUCCCGGACAAAUGCCCCGAUCCCUUAAUGUCCAGCAGCGCCAUCUAAAAGAGAUGUGGUCAACCUGAGUACAUGAGAUAAGACCUGACCUGAUAAUAGAGCUCUCCAUCAAGAUGGUUGUUUUUGUUUGUCAAACUCCCACAUCACUUUACUACUGCUCAAGCCGUGGUGUCUGUUAAAAAAAAAAAAAUGAAUCUUUUGUUUUUUUUCAUUUUGGAUUUAAAGGGAAUUACACGAAAUAGCAGGAGCUCUACACCUGCAGCUGCUGUAGUAUAUGUUUGUAAGCUUGAUAUCCUUUAAUUUUCACAGUGGAUGUGAACGUUGCUUUACUGGGCUCUGAGUUUGUGAACUGAAUUGAUUCAUCAAGUUUUACCAACACCAGUAUUGAGCCACCCUGCCAUUAGAUGGUACGAAUGAUUGUGUAUUUUCUGUCCUGUAAACAUAACGGUUAUGAUCUCUGAUCAGGACCAGAAGUGCUGCCAAUAAAAGUUCUCAGAUCAUUAUGUUUACACGUUGGCA